CGUGUAUGCGUGCGUGUGAGCCACGCUGUUGUGUGUCGUUACGACAACGAUAGGUAUAGUAGUAGUCAUAAUUAUUAAUUGCGUAUAUCGGAUAUAAGAAAUUCAGUAAUCGACAAUGUGUCUGUACAAUAGUGUGCACCUGCAAUGGAUACGGCGGCCACUUGUAAGUAUUACGUGACGAAAUUGCUCGGAAUUAGUCCCCCGAAACCCAAUUGCGUGUACGACGUACGGUCCGGCAAUGUUCGCAACCGCGAACAAAAAUCCCUGUUCCGCGUCUUUUACCGGUCCAAUGGCCGUCGCCGUAAGCACCGGCACCGGUCCAACGUGCAGGAGUCUUACGCGCCGUCAAUGCACGCAGACGAGGCGGGCGCCAAAAUAAGCGACGGCCGCCGUGCGUUGGAGGAGGACACGGUCGAGGAUAUCGAGAAGAAGUUCCAGGGGUUCAGGAACGUGUUCGAAAAGUGCAAGGUAAAAAAAAAAAAACCGCGAUUGUUCAACGUCAGCUCGGGGUUACGUUUCACGCUUGUCGCCAAUACCAUGCUGAUAGACAGCCAAAAAAAGGCAAACGAAGCGGCCAACAAAUCCGGCCACUCCGGAGAAAAUGCAAUCGUCGAGAACGACGGCGACGAUGAGGUGGAGGAGGACGAGGGCGAUGAGGAGGACGAGGAUGAUGAGGAGAACGAGGAGGACGAGGAGGUGGAAAAUGAUAACGGUCAUAACGACGAAGAGGAGCAUAAAGCUAACGCUCAAAUGAUAGAAAUGGAAAACGAUUUAAACGCCGAGACGAGGUCUGAGUCGACAUGUCCAAAGGAUGUUGCUGAUAAAGUAAAUUCUUGGAUCGACAGUUCCGUAAAACAGACUGAUGCAUAUUCCGAAGAGGAAGCCCUAUUUGUCGACGAAGAGGUUAGUAUUCGUGAUAAUUAUUUAGAUUAUAAUAGAAAUUAACCAAUCAUUAUUACUAUUAUUAAACGCGAUAUCGGCAGGAACGGAUAUACGGCCCGGGUGCGUGGGGGAGGGUGGUGUAAAACUACCUUAGACACGGGAAUUAAGAAUAUUGAGUCGGCAAUUCAACGAUCACUUCAUUUUAAAGUCGACAAAAUUAGUGAUUUCUCCAUUUUCGUGGAGAUUACGAGUGUUUUGUUGCAUGAAUAUUAUUGUAUUAUAUUAACGUAAAAUGUAUUAUUUAUAGUCGUUAGUCAUAGGAUAAAAUACCGGGUAAAAACGUUUUUAGAAGUUGGUAAGUUUGGUAUUUGGAUUCCAAAAAUGUUUAAUCACGCUUCUCUCAAUUUAUUUUUGUUAGCGUCUGUUUAGAAAAAUGUCAGUCCGAAAUCAUCGAUUAAAGUAUUAUAAUAUAUUAUUAAUUUAUUGCGUUAUAUAAUAGGUCUGAUACAGACAUUUUCAAACAGUUUUAAUUGCGGAGUAUAUUUAAUUCGAUAAAAAAAGUUACGAAACCUUCAUUAUAAUCAAAAAUAUGAAUUUUAAUAUGAUAUACCGGAUAUAGUAUAAAAAAAGUUAUGUUCAUUAAUUGUAUUAGACUUUCUCAGAACGAUUAUCUACUAUAAGUCCUAACAAAAAGUUAUUUUAAAAGUCCAUGAUACACAGAUUUUAAAUAUUUUUUUGCGACAAAAAUUCGGUCAAAUUUUACAUUUCCUUUUAAGUUAUUACGCAAGUAUUUUUACCCGUUUGGCAUAUUAAUAUUUAAUUUAUUUAAAUUUUAAACACUGCCGAUUUAUUAUUUUUGAUUCAAAUGCGAAUUUAAUUUAAUCAAUAAUAGGAAAGCUUUUGCAGCAUUUUAGAAUCACCUACAUAGGUAGGUAGUAUCUAUACUUUGUAUAUAGGUAUAUAAUAAUUCAAUUGUUGAGUAUUGUUCAAUUGAUAACUAGAUUUAUAAAACCUUUAGAGUUGAGUUGCAUACAGGUGUAUUUUACAUAGCAAGUGCAUUAUUUUAGCAGGUUGAACAAAAUUAAAAGAAUUAACAGUAUUAUUGCAAUGAUUACAUUUAAAAUUAAGGUUUUAAAAUUUGUUCUAAUACAAUAUAAUGAUAUCAUUGACAUUAUUUAUACUUAGAGAUGAUAUUUUCAACAUUUUCUCAGUUUUACUACCGAAAUAUUUAAAAUUAUUGUUUUUUAAUUGAUACCUACCAGCCGUGGUAUUGUUCGUAUAUCAUGUAGCAAAUUGAUUUAAGAUUCAAGAAUCAAAUUGAAUUUAUCAGUUGAUAAAUUAAUUUUUAGAUUAGCAUACUUUUGUUAUUUAAUUAUAAUUCAGUUUAAGAAUUUAUAAGAAAUUAAGAAAAUUUAUUUUUAAAUAUGGAUGGUAUUUAAUUUUUUUUUAUAAUGUUUCAAGAAUAAUAAUACAAAAUAAUUAUGUUGAAUUUAGAACGAAUUGCAUAUAGUCAGUGUUGUGUUUUAUCUAAAUAAAUUAUAUAGAUCAGCAGGUAUAUUUUUAUUUUUUAUUUUAUAUAGAUAAAUGAGAAAUAUGUUAUUUGAGAGGCUUUCUGAGAUAAAUAAUUGAUUGAUCUAGAGUAAAAUAUUUUAUUUAUAAAAUUAUACGGUUUAAUAAAUAAAUUAUUGACUAUUGAGUUACAUAAAUCACACAACCUUUUUGAAAUUUAGAUGUGUUAUGAUCACUUACCUCUUACUACUUUUAGUAUUUAGUUUUAUGAUGGGUAUAAAUGGAUACAAUUAUUAUUGUUAUUAUUAUCUGAAUAAAUAAAAGUCGCUUAAUAUUUAUCUAUAUCUAGAUAAUUAAAUUGUUUUGUGUUUUUGAUCUUUAUCUAAAUAAUUAAAAUUUAAUAUUUAUUCGAAAGAAUACGAGUACAUUCUAAUUUUAUUAUUACGAAUUCAUAUGUUGUAUCACAUCUGGUGAUUUAUAUCAGGUACAAUAAUUAUUGUGCACGGUUAAGUUGUUUGUGGAUGAGGGUGACUGAUGAUAAUACACAUUUUUGACUUAGGUUAUCUGUAUUGAUUGAUGAUUGUAUUAUUAAUAUGAAUAUACAUACUAUUUACGUGUUUAUUUUUUUGAACGAGGGGGUGGCGUUCACACGUUUCAGUGAAUCACGUAACAUAGAUAAAGUGUGUUAAACAUAUUAUAAUAAACGUCAUAGCGAAAAAUAAUAAUAAUGGGGGGGAUAUUUAUGAUUGUCAUCUAAAAUUAUAAGUUCACUACGGCGGCGUGACGUGUUAAAUUGGUUAACGUGCUCGGUAAUAAAAAUUAUUUGAAUUUGGUCUUGCAAGGCACCGGGAUGUGUAUAUUUUCUGUCAUUAAUUUUUCCUUUUUUUUGCUGUCCGAGAUGAGUUGAUCGAUAGAUUAACAGUUUAUAAUAAUAACACAAAAUACGAUUAUAAGAGACUAAUAAAUAAUUUGAUUGGCAGACAAGGCCAAAGUAUUUAUAAUAUAUAAAUCUUUAAAGAAAAAAAAUAUGUAAGUAAUAUUUGAAUGGUUGUAGUUUUCUUUUUUAAUUUUUAUAAACAGAGCGCACGCAAUACUCGAAAUAUCAUCUUUACAAUGUUUCAUUUUUUUAAUAGGUAGUAUAUAAUUAAUAGUAAUUAAUAGUAGUAGGUAAUAGUGAAUAUUUAAAUUGAAGAUUAUGUUUUGGACGAGCUAUAUUUAAUAUACAUAUAUAUGCAUUUGUAUUUAUAUGAAUUUAAUGUACAUGCAGUUAUACUUAAUUUCAAUUUUUUUAACGAUUCGUUAACGAUAGUUGGUCUAAUUUAUAUACUGCAUAAUAUUAUCUAAACCAUUUUAAAAUUUAUUUAUUCGGUUUUUUAAUUUAAUAAAUAUUAUGUUUUGUAAAAAUGUGUAUAGGUAAAAGUGUAGUAUUAUACAAUGUACAAUAUACAUGCAUAGUAUAUUAUACCAUAGAUGUGUUAUAACGAAAGAUAAUUUAAUUUUAAUUUUAAAUAACCCCUAUAACAGCAUAGAAUUUAUCGGGAACCGAUUGUUCAGUACUCACACGGUCAAUAAUUAAUGGCCAAAGUUGUACAAAUAUCUGCAAUAUUCUAAAAAUAUACCUACAUACAAAUCAAAAGCUGUCGAGCUUACGUAUGUAUACUCGUAUUUGUGGUAAAUACAAGCGCUCUCGCAGAAGAAAAUCCCACCCGGGGCAAAACGGGGAAAACGUUUUAUUUCACAAAUAUUCUACAUUGUUAUGGUAGAAUGGUAUGCCGUUAUACGUAAUAAAAGUACAUACAGUUGAAAAUCCCAUGGAGGUGGGCAAUGGUCCCUUUACCCUCUCCCCCUCCCGUGGGCGCCCUUGGGUACUUACUUAUACACUUAUACUGCAGUAAUGUUAAUAGUAUCGCAGGUAUCAGUAGUAUGAAUGUAAUCAAAUCUAACCUAACUUAUAGUUUACUGUGUCUGUACCAAAGCUGGACACUAGACAUAGUUAGAAAGUCAGAAUCAAGUCGAAUAUUACGUAUAACAAUGUAAUUAAUUCGAUAUAUUAAUUAUUUUGUUAAUGACUUUGAAGUUAAUCAAUUAUAUAAUAUAGUUUGAAUUCUGAACAACUCUCUAACUCAACGCGUUGUAUUGGAAACCUGAAGAAUUCUUAUCCACCGCGUUAUUAAGAAAAAGUUUUUUUGUAUGAGUAUGUUUUCAACUUUGUCACGAAGUAAGUAAAGGUAAGGAAAUACGGUCCGCUCAGAAUCGAAAUUACAACUCAAUAAUAUUGAACCGGCUUCCGGGUACAAUUUCUAUUACGGGGUUUUUAAAUAAUUGUAGUACCUAUAACUUUAUGAAGUUAUUAUUUUUUGGUCCAGCUCUAUACGAUAGGUGGUUACGCGUAUAAAACAGCGGGGCGAGAUAAACACUAUGGUCGGUGUAUUGCGGCUGAUCAUUGUCCGCGGUCUGCACGCAAUUGCUACGGGGUGGGGGGGGAGGGGGAGUAUUAUCGACCCACACGGAUGCCCACACUUUGCGCUUAAUAGAAACGGCGAGCGGAGCGCUUGCGUUCUCUCAGGACGCGUCGUCUCUAGUCGUCAGACAUUUUACUACUGGCGGUGCGGUUUGUAAUUUCAAUAUUAGUUUCUGAGCUUACUGUAGAAUGUAUUGGUAUUAGUGAUGCAACGGUUUUGCAUCCGUGUUUUUUUUGUUGUUCUUUUGAAAAACCGCGGACAGGAGUUCUACUCGAAUCUCGCUCCGACCGUCAACUUUUUACUUUUUAAUAACGAUUUCUAUUAUUUUUGAUUUAUUUUCAUUUUCCGUUUUAAAUAUAGUCGUAGGAUCUGAGUUUUUCACAAAAUACUAAUUUUUUUUAGUCAUUUUUAGAUGUGGUACAAUUUUCAUAAUCUGGCGUUUUUUGAAGUUUAAAAUUAUCGAGGUUUUUAUUUUAUGUUUGGUACAAUUUAUUUGGCUUAUCAAAAAUGCUCGAAAAUUUGACACGAAAAAACACGGUUAAUUGUAAUUAAUUUUUUUGUUACAAAUUAAUACGAUUUUAAAUUUAAGGUUAUCAAAACAUGUUUAACCAAAAUUCGAUCAGAAUUAUUUUUCGUGUAGGUACUAAUAUUUCGUUACGUACAGAUAAAUAUUAUAAUUACCCUGUACACCUCACCACAUUGGCAUAUUUAAAACACAGAGAAUGUCCGUCUCUAUGUUUGUGUUUUAAUAAACGCGUGCCAGUUUGGCUGAAGACGGCCGGGACACGAUGAAAUUGUCGAGUCUAAUAUCAUAAUAAUGCCGACGCGUAAAUUACUGUGGCAGUAUUUAAAAACUUGGGGAUGUUUCGGAUGGGAAAUAUUCCCGGGAUUUAUAUAGGCGUGUAAUAUAGGUGAAUCACAGGGUAGAAUCAUAAAUCGCCAUGACCACGUGUACCUACUGAUAUAACAACCCGACAACGAACAAGACGUAACGGCGUUUUAAUGACGAUUACAGAACCACUGUGGUUUUCUUUUUGAAGUUUAGAGUUAUUCUGCAGUGCAUGUACAGGAAUCCCUGCAGAAGCGGUCUUGCUAUAAUCCAGCACGUAAACGCAUAAACAUAAAAUCAACGAAAAGUUUAAAUUGAAUUAAAUUUGUAUCACAAAUGUUAUUAGAUUUAUGUCUUUAAGAAAAAAAAUGCAUGCAUAUUAGGUAUAUAAUAUAUAUUAUGAUUUAUGAUUUUUAAAUAAUUCAGAAAAUUAAUUUACAUGUAGGCGGUAUUCGUAUAGUAUUAUAUACGGGGUGAUCAAUCUAUCAUAGGACACUCGUUAUCUCAGAAGUAUUAACUUUUUCGGGAAUUUAUUUUUUAGAACAUUUAAGAAACAAGCUGCUCUAUAAUUUUAAGUUUAUGUUAUUUUUGGGGGUAAAGCCACUACCUACUUUUGAUUUUCAAAUAGUAACUUAUAUUAAAAAUUCUUUAAAUAGAUGAAGUAUUAGUUAAAAUACAUUUUGGUGUUGAAGUUUUUGAUUUACGUCAAUCCGUUGACGAGAUAUUCCACUUUUAAGUUUGGGGUAGCGGAGAGUGGUGGUGCAUUAUUAAUACGCCGCGCGCCGUACUGUCAUACAAAUGAUACCCCACUAUUCUCCUCCAAACCAAAUUUAAAUGUGGAAUAUAUCGUCAAUGGAUUAAUGAAAUUCAAAAAUUUCAACACUAAAAUUGAUUUUAACUAAUAAUCCAUCUAUUUAUGGAAUUUUUAAUAUAGGUUGCUAUUUGAAAAUCAAAAGUAGUUAGUGGCUUUACCUCCAAAAAUAAGGGUGACAAAAAAUAACAUAAAUAUAAAAUUGUAGAACAGUUUGUUUCUUAAAUAUUCUAGAAAACAAAUUCUGGUAAAAGUUAAUACUUUCCGAGAUAACGAGUUCUUAUGAUAGAUUGAUCACCCUGUAUAUGUGUUGCGUCAGUGUAAAACAAGUGUUUCGGUUUCAAAGUAAACAUAAAAAAACAUUUAUUAUCAAAAAUGCUUGAAAAAUAUGUGAACAAUCUUUUAAAUUUCAAACGAAGUGGAGUACAGUCGAUUUUACGUUGUAUUUCAUAGACAUUCGUUUUGGUAAAAUAUUUUUUGAAAUCUUCAUCUACAAAAUAUUAGUCCAACAUAAUCACGAAGAUUGUUGAUGCGUUUAUUGUCGAUCCCAAUUGGCAAUUUUAGACAUUUAUUUGGGGAGAUUAAAAGUUCAAUUUAAAAAAUAGUAAAGUUGAAAACGUCAUAUUUUAAACAAAAUCUCAACCAUUGAUUAAUAUAUUAUUAAUAUUAGAGUAAAUUAAAAUGUAUUUUGCUAUUCGCUUUCCAUAUAUUGAAUUGAAUUAUUUCAAUAAUUUUCAGAAAAUAAUCUCUAGAUUUUAUUAUACAAACCGUAUUAUAGUACAGAAUAAUAAUAAAAAAAAAAUACAAAUGAAAAUAUUUUAAUUAGGUUGGAGUGAUUGAAUUAGUUAAAUUGAUGGUUGGAUAGAGUAUUGGCUAUAUCCAUUAAACGGCCAAGAGGAUGAUUGCGAUUUGCGGCAAUACUUCGUAGUACGUUUGGGUACUACAUAUGGAGCGAGGGAACAAGUGGAGUGCUGGAGAACUCGGAAAUUAAUACACAGGAGAGAAGGGAAGGUGCAUCAAAUGGGCCAUUUAUAAGUUUAACUAAGAAACGUAGAUUAGCAUCAGUACGUCUAUCGGCUAGAUUAGACAAGUCUAACUCCAGGAAAAUGGUGGAGUAGUCGUGAAUGGGAUGGAGAAUAUUCAAAGAAAAACCAGCGAAGGACAGAAAACGUCUUUGAACUCGCUCUGAAGUAGAUGAGUCGGUAGCAGUAUAUGGAUCCCGUAGAACGGAAAACUAUACUUGAGUAUGCGACAAACAAUGCAGUUAUGCAGUACAGAAUCUCGAGAGAAGAAGAGAGUCUAAAUUCAGAAGAUACCCUCUUAAGAAGUCCUAAAAUUUUUAAAGCUUUGUAACUAAUUGACAGAAUAUGUGCAUGAUAAUUGAGGUCCAAUGUUAGGAUUUCACCUAUAAUAAUAAUCACAAAUAAUAAUAAUAAGUAAAUCACUCUUAGUAGGAUACUCGUUUUUAUGGGCAAGCAUAAUGUUCUACUUAUAUUCGGAUCGUAAAUUUAAUUGUAACAUCUUAAGUAUAUAAUAAAAUGAAACACUCGUUCAUAAUUUUAUACGAACCAUAAUAACCUCCCUCCAUGUGUGAAUAAUCUAUAUUUAAGUAAUCGUACGAUUUAUUUAUUUGAUAUAAAUUAAUUUCAUCGGAUUAAGUGGAGUUUUUUGUAUAUUACUUAUCUAUAUGUUUUCCUUAUUACGGCUAUUAUUAUGAUGAGGUGUCACUGGUUAAUUAAAAAUAUUUAUUUUUGUUUUUAGGAGCCUAAAGUUUAAUUUAAAUUAAAAUUUAACACGAUAUCGUUGAUGUACAUGUAUAUAUCAGAUAUAUAUUAUAUUAUAAUAUACUGCAAAGAAGACUUUUAUACGACAAAUAAGACGCACUUAUUAUUUCAAAAUAUUAAUUAAUUUUAAAAGAUUUUCGUUUUUUAAAUUUUAAAAUAGUUUCCUAUGUAUAAUACGAGUAAAUAAUAUGUAUACCUACUUUAAAUGUAUAGAUGUUGUAUUCUUUAUACAUUAAAAAACCGAAUUACAACUAAAUAGAAAGCUUGUGCAGUUUUCUAUCUCAUUAUUUCGCUAUACGCACUCCGAGUUCUAAAUCAUUUAUUUCUCCGUUAAUAAAUUGUGAAAACUGCAGUACCUGACAAUGCAGUACAACUGUAAAGAGGAAGAAUUUAAUAUUUGUCUGUAAACGUUUGCAAGUUAGAAGGGCUACGCAGUCAGUGUCGGAUCUAAGGUAGGGUCGAUGAAGGCAAUUACUUCCCCUUACCCCGGGUUCACUCUUAAAUUUUAGUUCCAACAUACUUUUAGUUUGAUUCACUAUCGAAUUCAUCAUAAAUGUGUGGCAUAAAUUAUCUUGAUCUAGAUCCACCCCGAGUCACAUUAACAUUUUUCGUUUCUGACUACCUAACGGGUUAUGUAGCAAUCGUGCUCAGAAUUUAAUAGACUUAAACAAAAAAAUGUUUCACCAAACUAAUGAUGAAAAAAUUGUACUAUGUUCUCAAAAGAGGAUUUUUUAAUACACAGGAUGUCCUAGUUACAGUGUUAUUCAAAUGCAUUAACUGUGUCAAUGUUAUUAUUUAGGACAAAAAUAUAGAAAAAAAUUAUAUAUUUUGUUUUUAUUUCUUAAUCCCUGAAACAAAAUAACUUUAUUUUUUCAUUUUUUAAAAUUCUGAAAAUAGAUAAUUUGUAAAAUAUAUUAUUCUAAACACUUUAAUGUACUAUACUUAUAUAUUCCGUUAAUAGUUCCUUAGUAAUCCGUUUUAAUUACUAGCAAAUUGGUGUGAAAACAAUUAAUUAUCAACAGAAUAACAUAUUAUGCGAUAAGCAAUCGCAAUCAGCACUAUAAUUCCUUAUCUUCUAUUGAAUAUUAAUUGUUAUCACGCCUAUUUUACAUACUUUAAAGCCGUCAUAGUUAAAAAUCUAUUAAUCAGAAAACUCUGUAGUCAUUAUAAAAUGUUCAAUAAAGAUUAAAAAAUAAUAAAGUAUUAAAACAUUGAAGUACGAUAUAGUGGCGUAUUUAUGGGGUAAGUUAGGGAGAUCUUCAUCUUGACGGUUUUUUUUUAAUGAAUAUACGAGUAUAACUAUCAGUUUAUAAGACCUAUUCUUUAAAUUUAUACUUGUUUAGAUACUUCUUAGUUAGAUAAAUCAAAACUUUGUCAAUAUAGGUACCUAGCUAUAUCAUGAUAAAAACUCGAACGUAAUAACAUGCUCGUUUAAAACAUUAAAAAAUGCCUAUUUGUUAGAAUCACUAUACAAUACACUAACUCAAUUAUGCUUUUCGUAAUAGUAAUUUGAUGAUUUUAGGUCAAAUUGAAUUGUAAAAUAUAGUAUACUUGUAAAAAUAUAAUUUUGAAUAUAAGUUAAAAGUUGACUUUUUUCCGGUCUACACGUAGACCGGAUUGUAUCACACAAUAUGAUACGAUUUUCAAAUCGAUGACAAAAUUCUAAAUUCGACACUUGAAGUAUUAGUAGAGUAUUUGGGAAAUGGAUACCCUUGAAAGGAUAAUAAAUAUUGUUGUAUUUAAUUUGCUGAAAUAAUUUUUGGUUUAGAUCACGAGUACUAUUGUAAGUACGAAAACACAAUUUUGCUAUACUGCCCGUUAGACGGACAGAGCCAGUAACUGCCCUGUUAAUUUCAAUGUGUGUAUAUAAAUGUAUAUAAACUCAUAUGAUUUAUAUUAUAUUUUAUAAUAAAUUAUUAGCUUAACAAAUUUACAUAAUAUUUGAAUUGAAAUUAAUAACACAAUAUGGUAUCGCAUUACAGCAGAUCGUAUUUAUGACAUAUAAAUCGGGUAUAUACGUGUACUAUUGUAAAAAGUACAACGGGAGUGGGGAAGUGAAGUAGAAAUGUCAUAAUGUAAAAUAAAAUGCGAUCAGGGAUCAUCUCUCGUAAUAAUCUCCAUUAUACUUAACUAUAUUAUAUACUCGGUGUUGCCGUUUAAACGCGUGCUCGUUUUAAGUAGACAUAUUUGGCCAUGUUCGUUAUUUUAUGUUUUAUGCAAAAUUAAUAUUAAUACAUCCGGGUAAUAUCGUAAUAUCUUUAAGGUGCGUAUACCUUAAUGUUAAUAUAGAUUACAGAUACCGAUACAAGUUGUCCCACGAAGGUCUGACAAAUGCAAUAGCUUUUGUUAUGUUCAAUAUUUUUAAGUUUUUUUUUUUCUUGUAAUAAUUACUGAAGCCUUACGCUAUGUUUCCUCGACUAUACAUAUUUUUAUAAUUUAAAUUUAAAAUAAUUAUUUUUACCGAAAUCCAAGUUAGGAAUUUUAUAAAUAUAUUUUAAAACAAUAGUUCGGCGCUACAAAUAUGUACUGACGAUGAAUAUUUUAGUUUCCAAAAUCGUUUGAAGUUUACAAAAAUCAUCAACAAUUCAUGGACAAUUGGACUAUUGGAGUAUGGAUUAUUUAAUUAUUAUUGAUGAAUCGAUUGAUAUUAUGUUUUGAAGUUUACGAUGAUUUAAAUUAAUUGUUUUCAUUGUCAUCACUAAAUACGUUAUUACAUUACUACUAAAUCGUUUCACCAAUUCUUCUAUAAAAAAUAAUUUUGUUAAUAAUAUAUUUCAUUAAAUUAAAGAAACUUAACGAUUCAUUAUUAGUAAAUAUUUGGAAUACCAAUAGUUUUGUUUCAAAAUUCUUAAUGCCAAAUUUGAUUUUUAUUACAAAAAAAUGUAUACAUAUAAAAAGUUAUUGCAUUUGUUAGAUAAUCGUGAAAUACUCUGUAUACAUACAUGUAUUCAAAUAAGAAUUAUUUGAUACAAUAAAUUGUGCAGUUGUUGCGUUGCGUGUUAUAUUAAUAAUAAUAUUUACGUAUUCGCGAACUAAUAUCGUUGUACUUUUUCUGUAUAGGUACUUAAUUUUAAUUUUUGUUCAUAUAAAAUGCAUUUUGAGAGAGGCCUCGACCGUUUAAAAAAAUAACCCAACGCGUACAAUAUGAUACCUUUACAGUUUACACGCCAUGUUGCAGGUAUAUAAAAACAAAACGAUUAAAAAAAACAACAACAAAUAUUUGUACAAUUACAAAAUAAAAGAAUAUGUAUACACUACCUCGUGCAUUAUGUUUAUACUAGAUUAAUGUCCGAUUGCUAUAGGUAUGUAGCCAGAGAAGGUCCAUAGGAUAUAGACUCCUCCGAAAUUUAAACUUCUAACCUAAAAAUCAGAUUAUCGGUACAAUUAUUGAUAGUGAUACAUUUCAUGUUUGGACCACCCCUCCCAAAAAAAAAAAUCUUGGUUUUACUAUGAUGUGAGUAUUUUUUACAUUUUUUUUGUAUUUAUAAAUAAUUUUUCUAUCAGAAAUCUUGUCAUUAUUUUCAAGUCAUUUCAAGUAGCGUAUUUUUUGAAAUUAAAGUUUGACAAUAUUGGUGCAUCGAAGACGGUUUUUUUUUAUCCUUGUAGUUUUAUAAAUAAUUGGAAAAAAAAUGGACAAUUUACGCAAUAAUGAUAUCUGUUAUAUUUAAUUUUUUGUAUUUAGGUUAAAAAUUAUUCUUAAGAUCUGCAAUUUUUACAGAAUACUUAUAUUAGGCUUUUCUAGACGUGGUAAUAUUUUCCAAACAUUUAGAAGAUUUUUAGUAAAUUAUAGAUAUUUACAUUUUCGAGGUUUUUUAAGCAUAUGAAUGUAGUAAACGAUAAUAAUAAUAAUUGUAUUGUAACGGUCAAUGGCGUGCUGAAAAUUGUUUAUACUUGAGACAAAACCAAAUAAUUAGGACACGCCCACCCUUUAGCUAAAUUGACUACGCAAUAUAGGUUAUAGUAUCCGUAUGUAAGUAUAUUUAUAAUACAAUACAUAAAACUAAGGGCAUCUCUGAUCUCUGGACUAGUUAAUCUUAAUGAACAAUCAUCAUAUUUGGUCACCCAUGCAAUCACCCAGAGAAUUCAUCAUGAGAUAAUUGCCUCAACAAAAUCUACUUUGGCUCGCCACUGGUAAGAGUUUGUUCUAAAUAAAUUAUAAUAUUAGUAAUAUUAUAAUUAUGUACAUUGAAAUGGUAGAAAAGGUCCGGAAAUAAUAUUAUUUUUCAAUAUUAAAUCACUGAUUAAUUUCGAUUGUUGGUUUAUAAAACGUUCGUAUUGUGCUAAACCACUCUUGCAUAAGGGUUUUUUUUUUUUAAAGUAUCCUCAUAGCAUAAAGUGUAUUAAUGUAUGUUAACGUCAAAUCGCUUUUCGUUUUAAGGUAUCUAUAUUUACUUGUAUUUAAAACCGUGAACAACAUUAAUAACAUAUCAUUAAAAAAAAAGUAUUGUAAUAUUGAAUGUUGCAUGUAAAUAAUAUGUUUAUGCGUAUAAUUAUCGAAUUUAUUAAGCGGUAUUAUAAAAAUUCAAUAUUUCAAAGCAUAGAACGAACAGAUUUUAAACGCGCGCGGACAUUUGAAACACGCGUUCCUAUAAAAUUCACGUUUAACUUAUCAAACGUAGUUUGGGUAUUUAUUAUACUCACUGCGUACUAUUUCAAGUGAUGUAAAUAUGUAAUAUUAUUAUAGAUUUGCAGGCACAUUGACUUUAAACCGUUAUAGCCUCGUCGUGGUUACCGGCUAUUUUCGUUUUCAAAUAGUUCCUCAUGACAUAUUACGUGACUUUAUAGUUCAAAACCGUUUUACGUGAGUUUUGAUUGCUUUGAAUAAUAUUCUUCGACACAGUAGUAUUUCUUGGGGGGAAUCAAUACAAUCCUCACUGUCAUUAUAUUGCUUGGAAAUAGUCAGAAACUCGUGGGGGCAUCUAUGCAUUACAUGCAAUUAUAUUUUUCGAAAUAUGAAGAACAACUUACUUUACAGAAAUUCAUCCUCGACAUUUGUCGAGUAUGCAAUUGUCAAUUUUUUUAAUUUUUUUUUGAUACUGUGUACACAUUUCUAUCAGAAAUCUUGUUCCGAUUCUCAAUUGUAGUACCUUUUCUGAAAGAAAAUUUUAUCUGGGGUGGCAUUUUUAAAAGAUUAUUUUUUGAUUUUUCUAAGGGUUUUCAUAAUAAAUGAAAAAACUGAAAAAAAAAAUACGUGGAAAGAACGGGACAAUUUACGAAAAUAAUACUUUCAUUAUUUUCAAUUUUGUUUUUUUUUGUCUUGUAAUUAAGUUAAAAAUGUUUGUAGAGACUUGAAAUUUAAACAAAAAACUUAUAUUUGCUUUUUCUAGACUUAGUAAAAUUUUUAAAAUAUUUUUGCAAUUUUUGUGCUAUUUAUAGACAUUUAAAUUUUGCGAGAUUUUGACGUAAUUUUUUUCAGUAUGGGUACUAUGUGGAUAAAAUUGUUAAGCUAAACAGAAAUGCUUGGAAAUUUAACGGUAGGUUUCUAAUAAGUUGUACAUUGUGGUAAAAAAAAAAAAAAAAAAAAUUGAGUCUGGAUGUAGAUUUUUUUUAUUAGAAUUUUAAUAUCAAAUUUUGACGAAAAUCGAAAAUAUUACGGCCUUUCAAAACACGUAUAACUUAACUCCGCUCAGAAUCGGGGUGUUUUAGCAAUGAUUAACUUUUGCGUACAGAUAAACAUUAAAUUCCCCUCUACGAGUAUAUCUCAUCUUCUCAACUUCUCACCUAUAAUCGUGACCCAACCAUCGUGAGGGUAAUAUGUUUGUCUUUUAUACACAGUUAUUGGUAUUCAUAAUUAUUGAUUUAUAAUUUUGUUUUGAAUAUUAAAUAUAUUUGUACAUUUAUUUGAAAUCGAUAAAAAUUCUAAAUCAAUUAGUUUUAAAAUUAUAAUUUUUUUGUCUGCUCUUCAAAGUAAAAUAUCUUGUAAUUUUCAAAACUCUAAUUUGGUCAGGUUCACUGAGUACCUAUAUAAUUUAAUAUGAAUAGUGAAUAUACCUACUAUAAUAUUAGUUACUUUGAGACGAACGAGGUUUGAACUUUUUUGGACGUCGGUACCUACAUUAUAAUAUAACAUUGAAAGGAUAAUAAUAUAUUUAAAAUAAUUUUGUUUCGUGUUGGUGAACAUUGUGAUAAUGUCAAAUAAUGUACAAUCCUUCGUAAUAAACAUAUAAUACCUCGUUAUAUGUUGGACAUUUUUUAUUUUCAAGUAGAUACUGUAGGUAGGUAUGUUUUAUAUAAGCUCAUACGUUAUACUUUAAGCUGUUCUCGCCUACAGAGGUACUUUAUUUCUUUCGAAAUUUGUUUUCUAAAUUAAUUUGCUAUUUCUUUAAUAUUAUAAAACACUGUUAGUGUGCGAUUAAUAUAUUUUUUGACAAUAUAUUUUUGAACAUAAUAUAUUAUAACUAGAGGGACGGAUUUGUGUUUAAAUAUAUAUUUAUUUCGAUUUUAAUAAAAUAUUUAAAGUUUUAUAAGAAAUGUCCACAACAUCAUUUUAAAUCAUUCUUAAUAAAAUUACGACAAUUUUUAAUACACAUAUUUUGGUAUUGUUACAUAUUUUUAUAUAUUUCACUAGUUUGUAAAUGUUUGAAAACAUAUUCUGGCGUAUUAUCAUUUAUACGUUUUUAAACCAUAUCGCAGUGGAUGAAACCAAGUGCUUCACGGUUAUUUCACGGAUUUUAUCGAAAUAUCACCGUUUACUUGCGAUUUCUGUUUUCAAUCGUUAUAGUGUAUCUAAUUACAUUUAUUUACGAUUGAAAAUCGUUGAUAAUAAUAUUGGCCUUUUGUCUUUAGUCUAUGUUUAAUACAUUUUCUCUAAAUUUAUUAUACUUACAGUAAAAUUGUAAUUUUCCUCCCCGCAUAUUUUUAUGUUUUUUCGUAACGUCACAUUCAUGUACUUCAAUUACCUAAUACGAAUCCGUUCGUUAAUUAUAACGUUUAUUGUUAUCAAUUUUUGUUCGGGGCUAUUUUCUCAAUUUUAUAUUAUUGCUGUUACGCGCGGUUUUAUAACGCGAUCGCAUGGUGGGCCGUACGCGGUGUACGACGGUAGCUGGUAGAUAUUAUUGUAUCAUGGGCACGAAUCUCGGCGGCACGUCACGCGCAGCGCUAUCUCUGUGCGCGUUCGGCGACGAUGUCGUUGUCGGCGGCGCGGCACGGGCGCUGGCGGUGGCGGGUCGUUGCCGGAAAAUCGAUUCGGCCCUCGCCCGUGCACGGGAAUCGCGCGCGCCACUAAAAACCAUCCACACGGUUUUCACCGCGCGCGCCGCCACAUUAUCAUAUAGUACGCGUAUACGAGGCCCUGCCGCGCGCCACCGAACCAUACCGACCAAUGACAGCGGGGGUGUUUCCCCGAAAAGUCUCCUCGAGCCCAUAGUGUCGUAAAGCUCGUCACGGAGCAACAAGCCCCGCAGUUCCGCAGUCGUACACAUAAUAGAUAUUAUAUUAAUUAAUAACAAUAAUAAUUAUAACCGUUUAUUUUUAUACGUAUAUUUUUUUUUAAAUUUAUUUUUUUUAUUUUUUUUCCCGUAAUUGUUAUAUUAUUUGUUUUCUCCGCUCCUAUACGCAGUCGGUGUUUUACGUUUUCCGAGCGCGUGUUAAUAACAAUAUUAUUACUACUACAUUUUCUCCGCCGCCGCCGCAGCCGCCGCCCCCCCCCCCCCNCCCCCCCGCAGUCACUGUGUAUAACAAUCAAGUCGAAUUUUCUUCCGUGUGUGUGUUUUAAACAGUGCGGUGCAAUCGUUCGACGGAGUACGACCGCCGCCACCGCCGCCGCCGCCGCCGCCGCCGCCGCCGCCCAGCCGCCGCCGACACCGCCGCCGGGCGAUCGUCACCGCGAGGACCGUCAUAGCCGUCAACGCCAACGUCAUCACGCACGGCCAGUAAGUCGUAAAUUAUAGCGGUAUCGCCUUGUCGUUGUUGUCGCCGCGUUCGGGAAAAAAAAACGCGAUUCGGUUAACGUAAUUACGGCCGCGUAACUCCCGCGCCGGCUUGGCGGUUCGAAAUAUCUCGGCGUAGGUGAAUCCCGCGCCGCGUUCCACGGUGUCCCACACCCCGUUCGUUGUUCCGCGGGCCAGCUCUCGCGUAGACACCGCGCGUACGGCGCGGAUCGCGAGGGCCCGCGUGUGUGCGGGCGGCGUGUGCCCACUCGGGCACACUAUUGAUUGUGCCGCCACGGGGGCAGCACGGCUCCUCGCGGUUCACUACGUGUUAUGCGCGCACCGCGUAAUGCCUACUUACUACACAAUAACAAUAAUAAUAAUAAUAAUGAUAAUAUUAUUCCGCCCGCGGUAGACGGCCGCGGCGACGUUUGUUCAGUACCUACGUGUACGUGUCGCGGUUGUGACAGUAGCGUUUAUCGUACCGUCUCGAACGGUGGCGACGCACGGCGGCACGGCGGUUUAUGCCCGAGAAAAAAAAUAAAAAAAUAAAAACCCGCCCGUCCGCCGUCGUUGUGCAUGUACGCGUGUGUGUGUAUGUGUGUGUGUGUGUGUGCGUGAACGUGAUAGGUGUUCGCACUAAUUGUGCAGCGGCGUAGUUGUGUACUUAUGUGCGGGGGGGCAUCACGGGGAUAGAUCCCCCUCCCAUAAUCUUUUUUGUACCUUAGUAUAUCAGACAUACUCGUAAAAGUAUUUACGAUACGGCAAAACUUAGUUCUUACGUUUUACGAAGCGCGAGUGAUUAGCCGCUGGUCGGCCACUGCACUGAGUUUGGUAGGUAUGAGAUAAUUUGGUAUGGGGUAGUGGGUAGUGUGAUUUGUAUACUGAAAUCGUUGAGAUCAAACAUAGGUCCUGAACACAGUAGUAUUAUUAAUGGUGUAAGUCGUGUUUUGUACCACCGUAGGCAUAAAAGUCCACAUUUUUAAGGUUAGGUUAUGUUAGGUUAUAGGCCUGAGAACAUAUCAGAAUAACACAACUCAUCAAAAAAAGUGUUUUAAACAGGUGCAAUUAUUUAGAAAAAGUAUUAAAAAUUUUGAAAAAUUGUUCAGAUAAAGUACUAUCGGCUGAAAAAUUCGUAUCUUUUAAUGUAUGGCAUGAAAAAAAAAAAAAACACGGUUUACAAUAUGAGAAAUUCACGUCGUCUUACAUUUACCGUGGUUUAUGUUCGCGGAACAAAAUAUAUAUCGGGUACGUGCUCUCACGUGCUUGACUUCAAAUUUCUCAGUGAAAUUACCGAUUAUAAUUUUCUCAUCAAGAUAAGGCACACUUAAAAUAACUAGAAUCGAUUGUAUAGUAAGUUUUAGUUAAUUCGUUUUUCAAAUUUUUCAUGCUAAAGAUCGAUUUGGCGGCCGGAUCACGUGACCUUAGUCAAAUUGAUCAUUGUCUUCGGGAUUAUUAUCAUGGAUUAAACCCCGAUUGCCUCUAUACGAAAACGAUUAAAAAACGAUUUAGGAAAAUAAAGAAGAAAUUCUAAUUGCAUGACGAUUGACGAACUUAAAACGGAGAUGAUAUGGGCGAGUCAGGGUCAAUUUCACCGGGUGUAAUAUGGAAAACAGAAGCUGUUAUUCCGUACAUAACCAAGACAAUUGCUACACAAUGGCAACGUAGGUUUUUUUUUUCUGGCAAAAAUUCAUUUUUUAAUAAAGUUGCAAUAUAAAAUGAAAUUUGGCGUUUUUUAACAAGUAAAUAAUAUUAAUAAUAUAAUAUGUAGGUCGAACGCUGAACUUUUCGUCCGUGGAGAACUUUUAAUUAUAUGGACAGAAACCAAACAUUUUGAAAAUAAUAAUUUUCAAACACACAUCGAUGGUUAUAAAUGAUCGAAAAUUACGACACUUCUGAGAAAUACCUAAAUAUUUUUGAAACAAAUUCAAAUACGGGAUUUUUUCUCAAAUUGCUUCUGUUGCUAUUAAAUGAAUAAAAAAAUACGAAUAAUCGGAUGGACAAACUGAUGUCUUUGAAUCGUCUAUACAAUUAAAAUAAAUAGCCCGUAGGUCUUGUACGUAUAAUUCGCAUUGGCGCCACUAGGCCACUAGGCCAUGCCAAUGUUUGGCUUAUGGGGGUCCAAAUCGAUUUCUCCAAGUAUUGACAAAUCGUAUGGGGAGCUUUGCUUUCAUUACUCACGUUCGCUUUGCGAUUAAUAAAACAAUCCCAAUAUACGGAUACGGACAUUCGUUUGCACUUUCAUUUGGUAUAGUAUUAUGUAUUCCCUAAAUAUCAUCUGUGGUAUGAAUGAAUAAUAUUGUUGUUUUCGGGUUGAUAAAUUAAUCUAUCGGCAAAUUGACGGCAAUCAAAUGAUUAAAAAUAAUGAAACCAUCAUUUCGUAACAUAAUGAUGAUUAUUGUUUCAAAUUCUUAAAAUCAUUUUUGGAUUCUGAGUAAAGUGUGGACUGUAUUGGUUUUACUUUGAUGUGUUUUUUUUUCUUUUCGUGUCUGCAAAUAACUAUUGCUUCAAUCGAAAACUUUAUAGGAACUUUCUCGUAGAAUAUUUUGUCUGAUUGGCGCAUUGAGGAAAUCAUUUUUUCGAUUUUUCCUGAUAAAUGAAGAAAAAUGCUAAUUGUUUGUAUAAUUUUUGUGGAUUUCUGGAUUACCUCGGCAAAAAGGGAAACAACAUUACUAAUGAUACCCGGCUCAGAAUCGUCUUUAGUUGGAAAUGAUUUAUCGUCAAGUACAGAUAUAAAAAAAUAAUUAUAAUUCUAUGUAAUUCUUCCGUUUAACUUCCCUGUUAAAACAGUGACACGUAUCCAUCGUCUACCAGUCUUUUAUUGUUUGUUUAUUAUUAUGUAAUAUUUUAUUACGUAAAUUCAAAACAAUACAUUUUUUAAUAGGCUAGAAUUCUGCUUCAGCGGGGGCAAAAAAAAAAAAUCUUUGCACACGUUACAUAAUUACAAUGUGUGCAUGUGUACCGUGGCACACCCUCGUAAUUACCCUACUGCCUAUUUGUAUUUUAUUUACUUUAUUAUUACCUACCUAUUUGUAUUUUUUUUUUCUAAUCGUUUCUUGUUUACCAUUUCUCCAAAAAUUAUCGAACUGAGAAAUUUGAAAAAUCACCUGUCUAAAGUGCUACCUGUAUUCUGUAAUAUGACUUAUUUAUAAAGUCGUUGAAUCAAACUCUUUGAGCACGUUAACUGUUUCAAAAAGUGUUUUCCGAGAGACACACCAUUAAAUUUGACUAUGAUAACGACUAUUAGCUAUACUUCCUUCCGACUAGAAGAAUGAUCAUAUAACGAUAAUAUUUAUAUUUUUUCGAUGCAUAUCAAUUUUAAAUUGAUUAAGUAAUAUAACAUAAUACUGAUAUUUGUCGAUAAUAAAUUAUACAUUGGUAUUUUCAUACGGCUAUAAUACAAUACGCAUUAUUACUUUCAAAUCUACAAUUAAUUGAGCUUGUUCUGAUUCUUGCACCAGCAUUACUAUUGCUGGUUAGUAUUUAUUUAUACAUAAGAAAAAGGUAAGUAGGCGAUAUUUCUUGCAUUAUAGUAUGGACGUAAACAUGUUUUCAACAUAAAUCCGCACCGAUAAUAAACUAAUUAAAUUAAGUAACUUGUAUUUCUUUUAAGUCUAAACUGUUUUACACUCGUCUUACAUUAUAUUGAUAAUAGCAAGGUUGAUUUUAUUACCUAUUGUAUAUUAUAUACUUAUCUAUCUUAAUGUUUAAUAAUAAGAUAUAAGACACUUCGUAAUUGAAUUUACUUAUUUAAUAAAGAACGAGUUCAAAACUGUUCAAAACGCUGUCAUCAAAGUUUGAAUGAUAGAAAAAUGACGAUAAUAAUAAGAAGCAGAAAAUCAUAAUUUAAUUAUAAUUGCAGCUAUUCUUGAGUUGUUUGAUUUUACACUAGGUGUACAUAAAUUUGACUGUUCGCUUUAGUUUUAAUCGAGUCUUUGUUAUCUUCGGAAUCCGCAUAUAUAUUUUUAAUAGAUAUAGGCAGCUAGGUAGGUUAUACUGAAAGAGUUUAUAUAAGAUGAUUUUAAAACUUUUGAAAAUUAAAAUAAUAAAAUAAUAAUUUUAAAACACAUACGUUUUCGUGUUACACAGAUUUACAGGCAAAUUCAAUCAUCAUUAAAAUUGUUAAACUAUAACUUAUUAGAUUGCUCAUUUAUAACCGUGUUAUUAAAAGUAAUAUUGCGCACGUUUAAAUUAUAUUAGUAUACCAACAUAUUUCAUUCGCGAUUACUAUUUCAAUUUUGAAUUGUGGUUUCUGAUAUUCAGUUCAAAAACGUAGGUAUAAUUUUUAUAUUUUCUGUAGAGGAUGUUUAGGAUAUUUCAUGAUAUCUAUCUAUACUUUAUUUAUAGGUGGAUUAUUAUGUGUAGUUUAUUCGAAAAAGAUAUUGUUUUAUGCAUUUUACUUAGUAGUAUGUGACGGUAAACGCGAGAGUAGCAAUAAAAAUCAACGUUUAUUGCAUAAAUUGUGGUGUUCGUAAAUUACCUACUAUUAUAAUAUUAAUUUUUUUGAUUUUAUCCAUUUAGUAUUUUUAUUUGAAACACAGGUAUUAAUGAUGUGACCUAAAUUCGGAUUUUGGAUUUCAAAAUUUAUAAUUAUAAUUAGUUUUUGAAUUGUAUUUAAAAUGUUUAAAAUAAUUCAAAAUCAAAGUCUAAAAACUCAAAAGCCCAAUUUUAAAUACAUUUUCGGAUUUCGGAAUUCAAAAAUCCGAAUUAUUGGAUUUCGGCAAAUAUAGAUGUUCCCACCGUAAAUAGAUUUAUGUACAAAUAACUAAUUUUCCGAUAACGCUUUGUAGUUAAUAUUAAUUUAAAAAUAAUAGAAAAGUCGAUAAUACUGUUAACGAGUAGGCCACUACUGUAGACAUGUUAGGUUGGUAGGAUAUAUGCACAGGGUAAUAUAAUUCAUAUUAGUAACGAUAAAUUAUUGCAAACGCCAAAUUCUGAGCGGAGUGGUGUUUUUGCCCGAUGCAACCUAUAAUCUCGCCAUUUACCCACCCACACACCAAUAUUUUCCAAUAUUCUUAGUAUACCCUAUUAUUUUUCUAAAUUGAUUGUGAAAGAGUACUAAGUUUUAGUUAUUUUCUUAUUGAGCUUCCGCCCACCUCUAAAUUUUAAACAAACCGAGAAGCAACCACUUCUAAAAGAUCGCAUUCGUUUCACGACCAUGGCGCGGUAUUGUAGGUACCUGAUAAUAAUAAGGAAAGUGGGUAACAUUUAGACUCAAAAAAACACAUUUUUUUUACCACUACAUUAACCGCGGUGUUCGUUAUUUAAGAAACGCGAUUUGUUCGCGUUUACGUUAAAUGCGAAAAAGAAAAAAAAAAUUACACGCAUUCGUGUUUGGGAUUGUUUGUUUGUUCAUUCGCCCGUGCGUUAAUUUAUAGACUAUAUAUAUGUUACUGUGAAUGUUUGUAGUUGGUGAAUGCUGAAAGUCACCGGUUAAUGUCGUCGUACACCAAAGCCAUUGGUAAAUGUUGGCGUAUUGAUUAAAUUUAUAAUGUUUGUAAAUAUUCACUAGUGAAUGCCAAUAUUUAUGUAAAGAUAUUGGUGAAUGUUGGUAAUUUCGAUAUUGUUUUAUUUAAAUGUAAUCUAGUAAUAAUGCAAAAGUCAAAAUAAUAACACUGCAUCAUUAAUAUAAUACAAUAAUAAUAUUGCAGGUAGUAUAUAGUUUUCAAAAGAAAUGAUAAGAAAUCGUAGCCAUAUCGGCAUAACGUUAAGAAAAGAAAGUUGAAAUAAAAAUGUAGUUACACCAACAAUACAGAAAAAAAAUAUUGUUUCAAAUUAUGUAUUCAUAGUAACCCGUCUUGUACAAAAUCACGUUAGGUAAGUAGCGUGGGAAACUGAAAAAGCAUUAUAGCCUAUAGGUGGAACUAGAGACUCAAGGUGGUCACUCGCUCUCUGCGCUCACUUGGACAAUUUUAAUCGAAAAUAACUGUCGAUUUGUUGUCCACGUCGGGUAGGUAACGAGAAAAAGUGAAAAGUAUUAUAGGUGAAAGUAUUUUUAAUUGAUGUACUAUAACUUAUUUAUGUAUAGCCGUAUUGGUAUUAGGUACUUAUUGGUUAUCACGAAAAUACGGUAAUGGAAAAAUACGGAAUACCAAAAUAUGGUACAAUGAUACUUUAGGAGAGAUCGGUUGGCAGUUAUGAGUACACCGUACAAAUAUUCAAUAAUUAAAAAAAAUAAAUAUUUUAUAGAAUGCAACAUUGAAGUAUUGUAACUGGCAUAUUAUCAAUUUUCUGAAAACUGUUACUCUCCGUAUAAUUGUAAAUAUACUACCUAGUACCUAUAUACAAUAUUAGGUAUUGUAUACAGAUAUAUAAAAUAAUUAGAUAGCCGACUGCUAUAGUCUGCACGUAUAAAAUAAUGUCACCAACAAAAUGGUCGCUAGUCGUUAUCUAAGAGGUGAAUUUUUACAAAUUAAACUGAUAUGGUUAGUGAUAACGUACUAUUUUGGAACUUUAGUGUACAUCGUACAAUGUACAUCAUAUAUUUUAACUCUUUAUAGGACAUGGGUUAUUAUUAAAAUUGUUUCUUAUCAAUACUAUAAAACAUAUAAUGUUCAUAGAUAAGAAUGGCGGCCAUUUUUUUGGCGACAAUAAUAAUACCAAAGUCGGCUAUCUAGUUUUAUAUAUCUGUGGUAUUGUAUAAGUUGAUAAUUUUGAUAAAAUGUUUUAUUACCUUACAUAACUAUUUUUAUUUUUUCUGGAUGCCAUGCCUUGUCCGUUAACAUUUAUUAUGAUCAAGGCUGUUAUUAUCAUAGAUAAUAAAGAAAUGGAUAGGCCACUCCUGGAGUGGCAGUAAUUGGAGGUAAACUGAGGCGUUUUAUUAUUGUUUGGUUAUCACUUUAUUGCGAAUUUUAUGAUUGAUAAGUGAUAUUUUUUGAUGUUUAUUUGUAAAUUAGUUAAUAAUUUAAUAUUAUUUUACAUUUUUUUUAUGUUUUAUUAAUGCAUAAUUGCACAAUAUUAAUGAUAACUCAUAAGUUAAACAUAGAAUUUUAAUUGUUAAAUUCACUAGACUACGCAUGGGCCACAAGUUGCUACCUAUCAUUUAGGUGUGAAUAGCAUGCGUUUAUAGCUUACGUUGUGUAAACUAAAUUGAUUAACCAUAAAUUAAUUUGUUGAAAUUUAAUAAAUUAUUUUAUUACAAUAAUACCUAUUUUUCAUUAAACAAAAAAAAAAACAUAGAUAAUAAAGAAAAAAAAAAACGCCUCAGUUUACUAAUCAAUCUUGGAACACUGAUAAGGCAAGGAUAGCCUGUCCAUUCCUUUGUUAUUUACGGUCAUAAUACACGAUGAGCUCAGUUCCUCCAUUAAAUAUUUUGGUUGUUGUAGAUAAAAUUAAAAUGACCGUCUUAAAGUUGUACAGUGUGACCAGAAUCCAUCAUUUGAUUUUUACGGGAGCGGCGUUUUGAUAAGUACCUAUAUAUUCAUCCACAAUAGUUUAUCUAAAUGUGCGGUAAAAGUUAAAACAGUCCUUGUAGCCACAUUGGGCAACUUUCGGACGUGCAUUUUAAUUUUGUCUCGAAAAAAAGUAAAACCAUCUGAUAACAAUCGAACUGGGUUCACCAUGUAUUAUAGUCGCCUUGAGUAUGUUAUUGUCAUACGACACAGUCACAUAUUUUAUUGUAUACGGUUGAUUUGAAGUUUUAAACAAUAACCAAAACAUUUUUUUUUUUUUUGAAAGGAAAAUAUAUGUGAAGUAUUUUAUAAUAAAGUCAAUAAUUUAGUAUCUAAUGAAAUGCACGAUAAUUCUUUUUUUCUGAUAAAUAUAUAUUUUUAAUUAGUUAAGAGAAAAAUUUUUCUUUGUUACACAUACUCUUAAAUUUAAAAUUAAAAAAAUUCAUCAAUUGGCGGGCAAGGGUAUACACGAUGCAUAUUUUGAAAUACAAAAUGCACCAUAAAAGAGUGUGUUUACAGAAAUGUUGGCAUUUUAUGUAGUUCAAAAUUUCAUGGCAAUUUGUCAUAUAAGUGAAAAUAUUUCUUAAAUUUUUUUUAAAAAUAAAAAUGUUUGCAUGGCAAAACAGUCAAAAUUUUAAUUAAUAAUAUUAAUUAUUUAUAAUUAAUUAAAUAUGUUGUAACUAUUUUAUACAAAGAGAAAACUCUUUAUAAAGAAAAUCUGUGUAACAUAAGAAUUACUUAUCUAAUAAUGAUUGAUCCUGGUUGGUUUGAUUUUAUAACUUAUGUGUAUUAGGUCUUUAAUCUUCUCUACUGCGAAAGCUCUCAAUAACAAAAGAAAUGUCUCGGUCCCUUGUUUCGUUAUAAAUAAUUGUCACUGUAUUGUCUAUAGUUUAUACUAUAAUAUGUGCGUAUAUAUAUGUCAACAUUAACCGAAACCGUGUUGUGUAUGCCAAUAUUGACCAAAAUUCUGACAUAAAUGUAUACAUUUUUAAAAUGUUUAAACAUUUACCAAUUUAGGAGGUGCGUGUCGACAUUCACUAGGUGAUUGUCAGCAUUCACCAAUUUCGGACAUUCACAGGAACAUAAUACAACGAAUAAGUCUAAACCCACACGCCGUGUCGAUUUAUUCACGUGGUUAUAUGAUUAAUAUAUUAUAAUAAUUAUGGUUCACGUAUUCCGCUCUUUAAAAGCGAAUUAGACAUCAGGUUAAUUGAAUUUUUUUAUAACGUAUUUAACGUUUGUGAUUAAAAUUAUAUGAUAUUGGGUGCAAAAACUAUACGGGCGUGCGCGUGAAAUAUAAUAUCAAACGAACGACAGUAAUAAUAUUAUUAACGAGACGAUAUUGUUGGCGUACACGCCGGACAACCAAAUGCGUUCUACAUUAUGAUACCUUUGAAAUGGGUGCAUUUUAGGCUUAUGGAAUAUCGAAUCCAAUAACGAAUAUUAUUAUUAUUAAAAAUAUUAUGUUGAACGCGUUCGUUUGCAAACGCCGCGGGAUAAUACACUUAUUAUAAUAUAGGUACAUGUGUGCUCGGUAUGUGUGUAUACAAAUACAAUAUAUUAUUAUCAUAGGAUCAAUCGGUUAAAACUAUGUUAACGUUUCAAAUAUGUCCGAAUAAAAUAUUUUAUUUAUUAAUUGCUUAUUAAUUUAUAAUAUUAUUAUAACGUAUACCUAUGUCCUGUAUAAUACUCGCUGCGUUGAAUUUUAUUCGUAUUUCAAACGAGGUGACUGUUAAUUAAUAUUAUAAUCUGUAUAGAUUGUUAAAAAUAGCAAAAAAAAAAAAAAAAAAAAAAAAAAAAAAAAAUACGAAAGAAGAACACUAAGGAGACUAUAUGGACCAAAAAAUUAUGUCACUUGACACUAUGAUAUGAGGAGUAGGUAAUAAUGUUAUGAGAAGACGAUUCAACCUUAGAUGUAAUAACGAAACGGGUUCUAAAGUGGAUACCCAAUACUACCAAAAAGUACUACCGGAUUAGCCAAAAUAAAGGGGGAUAGAUAAAGUUAGGACAAAUUUAACACAAAUUGGAAUACAAUGAUGGAAAAGUAUUAGUUCAGGAUAGGGUUAAAUGGAAGUAGAAUUAUGUUAUAAUAAUGGGCCUCAAUAGCUUUUAAAAACCGAAUAAGAAGAAGAUAUUAUAUUGUAACUUACUUAUUUAUUUACUUAUUCAAAUAAACGGACCAAUAGUCUUAUUACACAUUCGGUAAGAACUAUAAAUUAUUAGAUUAUAUAAGUAUACAAAAUUGUAUUUACACAGUAAUUCAUAAUUUCACAAAUUACACAAAAUCCCUGUGGUAGCUAAUAAUAUUCUAAAUCACAUUUAUUACCUUCAAUCAUUAAAGGGAGUUUCUAAUGAGUUAAUGAGUUAAUCAUACGAUUUUUUUCUAUUGAAAGAACGGUAGAUAGGUUUUGGAUUUUUGUGCAGAGGGAGUUUAUUUUGAAAUGGAUAAGAGAAAGGAGUACUGGGCAGUCGGUAACACUAAAAGUUAAAAUUUGUAUGAAUAGAGAAAGUUCGGACGAACAUGGUAUUAACAAGAUUAAGAAAUUUGAGAACAUUUUGGCAAGAAUCAUGGGUGUGGGAAUAUUGAAUUUAAAUGAGACAAAACGCAAACAAAUUAUUUGUAUGAUGCAUGGUAUUUCCAGAUAUUUACAAAGAACUAUAAGACCGACGACGUUUACAAUGUUGAUUUAUAAACAUAAUACGAUACAAAGCCUGCAGUUAACAUAGAAAUUAAUGGGGUCCAAGUCCCCAUGUGAUUUUACAAGUGCAAGAUCCAAGUCCAAAAUAUAAACGAGUAAUAAUUUUUUGUAUUUUUUUUUUAUUUUAUUUAUAUGUUCUUAUUUUAUUAGAACUACAUGUACAUAAUAUAUUAGGUCAUACAAUUUAAAAAAAGACGUAUUAUAGUCGUUAUAAUUUAUUUAAAAUUGAAUUUCUGCCAGCAGUUUUAGUAAAAUAAAAUAAGACGAACGAUCGUUUUUCGUUUCUCUUGACUUUUGGUCCCUUAUUCUUAUUGUAGGGUCUAGCUAGUAAUGAAUUUAUUAUACAGGGUGUUCCACGAAGAUACACCCGUUGUAAUUCCCUUGGAGGAUAAAGAUAAUCAAAUUUUAUUUUAUUAUUUUUUUUUUUAUUUACAAAGAUAUAUAUAUUUAUAUUUUUCAUAAUAAUGAUAAAAAACUAAAAAAAAAAAAUUUGUAAUUUGAAUGGUUCAACUUUUUGUUGAAUGCAAUGCCCAAUUACCCAUUGCAAUAGGUAAGUAUUCGUAGGACACCUGUAUGUGUACAUAAACAAAUUUUAGACUGCUCACAAGUAGGUUACAUUGUAGGAAGGUAGUCGGGAAGGUAGGAUGUAAAGAGUAAUUUAGUUUUGUAUUAUGUAUCCAACGGUAACUCAUUGAAAACGAAAAACGAUUCUGUGAAGAGUAAUAUUAGUAGUAUUUAUUUGUCGAGUUAUUUUGUUCCCACGCUAAAUCAAAGAUCAACAAAAAUAAAAAAUGUAUAGAAGGUGAAUUGCUGACAAUUUCGGUAAACGUUUUGAAUAAAGUACUAUAUUGGAGAAAAUUUUGUAUCAUUUGAGAUACUCCGUGAAAAAUUUUAAGCAUUCGCUUAACAAAAAAAGUGUUAAAAAAACAACAUAAAAACCUUUUUUUUUUGGAAAAAGGAUUAGUAAUUUUGAACUAAUUUUUCUUCGGGAAAAAAAAAACAAGCGUUUACUAUUGAGUAUAAGGUUGGGAUAAGGGUGACGUAAAAAUAACAAAAUAAAAACCAAAGUUUUUUUUUUUUACUACGUACUUUAUAUAGUAGAAGUUUAAAGUUAUACCACGAAACUAUAUAUAAUAUUAGAGACGUUCGAGUGCCGAACACGGUUAGUUUUGUUUUCUUUUUCCCAUCAGAUCUUUCGAUUUUUGUCCGCAUCUUGAACGACGGCAGUCUGCAGACAAUAUUAUAACGCAGCGUGCACUCUUCGAAAAAAUAAAAUGGGUUGGACGACGAACAGCGAGCAUGCGGACAUUCCGGUGUGUGUACAUGUAUAUAUACCUCCGUCUUGCGGCUCUGUAAAUCAAUAAUAAUAAUAUAUGUUAUCUUACACUACAAAACGGUUAUCGCUCGGAGCAAUAACAUAUAUAGGUAGGUAUACAGGGUUUUUCGAGUGUAUAUCGUUGUUUUCAUUGCAAAACCGCGUAACUCGAUUUUUCGAAAUUUCACAGAGGGAAGAAAAAAAUGUUAUGAUUGUUUUAUCAUUUUGUAGAUAGGCGUUUUUGGAAUAUUCCAUUAUCACGAGCAAAAUAAAAGAUUAUUUAUACCAAAGACUUUUAAAAUAUUUGUCAAAAUCCAAAGCAAUGUUUACUCGCAAAAAAAAAAAAAAUCUAAAUUUCGUGUUACGUUGUUUUGUCAUGGUAGCGACGAUUUAUAGGCGCAGCAGACGCUAACCGAACCGAAUUGAUGGAUGGUUGUGAUUAAAUCGAAUAUCGAUAAUUAGCUGAUUACCAAUAGAAAAAAAAAAAAGUUUUAUCCUUUUCGAUAAACGAUAUAAUUAAUAUUAUAUUAUAAUGUAUUGUACGGUUAUCAUUUUUUAUUGCAACGAUGAUCACGUAAAAUUAGUAAAAUAAAUUUUAUCAAAAAUGAAACAAUCGUUGAAUUGUUGACUCAGGAAUAGUCUGGGUUUUCAAGUUUAUGGAAUUGAGAGUGUUACAAUUCUCCCAGCAAUCUCCUAUUCGGCUUUUCAAAUGGACUUUAAAAAAUUUGAUUUCUGGUUUUUUUUUCAAUCAUUAUACGAAAUCGUUUAAGUUUAAGGGGGUUCCGUACCCUCGGGGAUUAGUUCUCAUGCUUUGCAGAGUGAUCAGAUUAUAAUGACUAUAUUUUUGUUUGAAAGAAGAAGACUCUCUACAAACCACAUUGAAUUUCGUUUUUAAUAUUUUUUUUCUCAAACUUUAUAAUAUGUCUUUAAAAGCAAUCAAUUUUUAACUUUAUUUUACUAAUAUUUUUAUAUAAUUAUUUAAAAUCAAAUAAAAAAACUGGGUUAAUUACGAUUUGUGGAAUAUUAUUAUUUAUUAAUUUAAAAACCGAGGAGAAUUUAUGUAGUUAGUGAGUUAUUCCCACGAAGUCAUACUUUUGUCGGUAAAAACGGCCGUACUCCUUCCUCCCUAAUUAGUAUUGGGCAGUAGCUUAGCGAAAAAGUCUUAUUUUUAAGGUUACAAUUGCCAAAUUUUACAAAAUUUGGAAAACCAGCAUAUUUUUUAAAUUCUGUUUUCAAAUGAUAUACUCUUAUUCUUACUAACUUUUUGUUUUGGAAGCACCCUCAUCCAUCUCUUUCCACAUUCAACACUGAUUCGAGUAACAAAUAUUUUUCUUAAUGCAAUAUUGAUACGCAUAAUAACGCCAAUAUCAAAUUUAGCCCUUUUAUGAGUUGUAUAUAUGUAUACAUACAUACAUAACAACAGUUUAGAAUUUAUAUUGUAGGAAUGUAUGUUAUAAGAAGCACGAGGGUAAUGGUUGUAAUAAUUGAUCACGAUCUAAGAAUCAUUCUGUAUUGUAAACGAAUUUUCCUUUUGAUUUUAUUUUCUCAUUUAAAUUUCCCCAAAUCCGGCCAUUUCUUUUACCCAGUUUUUUAGAUUCUGAACGUAGCGAGGGAAUUUUUGUUUUCCAAAUAAUAACUACGUUGUGAGACGGCGAAAAAAAAUCAUAGGUACCUAUCUAUACCCUCCUACGUACGUAACUAUAAUGCGUUUUCUCGUUUUAUUCCAAAUUAAAAGGUCUACGACGACGGGAAUAUUAUAACGUUUUCUGUGAAUGCGCCUCGAUCGACGAGUACUACACAACGGCGCUUAAAAAAUUAUAAUUUAAGCUUGACCUACAUAAUAUACAGUAGGACUUUUUUUUUCUUCUCUCUUUUUUUUGUCUCAACCACGUCACAAUAAUGUAUAUACUUUUUUCGUACAUACUUCUAUAUAUAUAUAUAUAUACAAAAAAAAAAAAACUAUUUUAGAAAACACUAUAUUUAUACAUAAAUUGUAUUAUAGCGACCGAUUAAUAACGAUUAACCGCGCGUAUAUAAUGUAACAAAAAAUAAAAAUAUAUUAUUAUUAUUAUUUCUAUACUAAAUUUUUUUCUCCACUCUUUUCACAGGAUGCCGAUCAUCGUCAGUGCGGCCCAAAUCGUGAACACAGUACUCCCCGUGUGAACCGCAGCGGUUCCUCAUCUGAAGAGGACAACCACGACGACGACGACGACGCCUCAACGGCAUUCGCACUGGUAAGUUUUUGUUACGAGUUCAGCCGUAACUACGACGACGACGGCGGUACAAUACGCCGUACGGUUCCGUUGACAAUUCCUCUUUCGUUAUUCGCACUUAUAAUGACACGAACAAAAACAAUAAUACAUAUAUAUAUAUAUGUAUAGGUGUAUAUAUAGGGGGCUGAAAACACUUAGGACGUUUCGAGUAUAUUUGACGAUAGCCCGAUUAGAUUAGUUUCCUACGUGACCUUUGACAAUUAGCGAUUGUUAUAUUCCCACGUGCGGACGAAGAAAUUCCGUCUCAGGAGGACCGUCCGCAGACGAGCGUCACACGUCACAAGGGUUGCGAUGACGUGCAUUUUUUUUCUUUUUUUUUUUAAAAAAAAAAAAAUAGUUUUAUAUUUUUCCAAAAUGGCAUAUCAAAGGUUCGUAGUAGAAAAAAAAAUGUAAAGAAAGAUUGAAGAGACGCAUACUAUAUAACGUAUGGGUACAUAAUAUAUAAUAUAUAUAUAUAUAUAUAAAGUAUAGUAUUUAACAUUUAAAGAGCAAACCCUUGUAACUUUUUUUUUUAUUUACUAUACAGAGUCGACUUUUCUCCAAUAGUGCGAAUGCAAAGUAAAUAUAUUCUACAAACAAUAAUAAAAAUAAAAUAAUUGUUACUUUUGCAAUUUAAACGACAACACGCAAAUUGUAUUUUCGAUAAAAAAUAUAUUUCUAUGACAUUUCAAAAAUUUAAGUUAUUAUUCGCUGUAGCCAUUUUUUUUUUUAGAAUCUGUAUACAGAGGAAUGAUUUGACUUUACUACGAUGUGUGAAUUUUUUUUAAAAUUUUUUUUUUGUCUGAUCAAUUUUUUAUCAGAAAUCGUACACUGAUUUUCAAGUGUAGCAACUUUCCUGAAAUACAAUUUUGUCUAGUUGGUGCAUAGAAGAAGCCAUUUUAUGAUUUUUCUUGUAGUUUUCUUAAUAAUUGGGGAAAAAAAUGUAAAAAUAAAAGGACUUGAAAAUUGUAUAGAAUAUUUACUACACGUGUUAAAAUUAUCAAAGCAUCUGUCAGCUAUUUAUAGGCAUUUUACAUUUUUGAGUAUUUUUAGUUUUAUUUAGUAUUAUGUGUAGGUACUUGGCAGUAAAAAAAAAGUUGAGUAAUAUCGUCAUUUUUAUUAUAAACGUUCUUUGAACUUCGUUUUGAGUUAUCAAUAAUUUAUCAAUGCGUACAGAUAAAAAUGUAAUAAUUAUAUAUGUAUCUAAUUAUUCCCAAUUUCCCAGUUAUAACAGUGACACACCCGUCAGCAGUAUCGAUAUCUUUUUCUUUUUCAUUUUAGUUAUUAGAAAAUAAAAAAUAUAAUAAGUGUCAGCUCGAGCGUGUUCAGCGGAAAUUCCUCAAGUUCUGUGCGUAUGUUUUGAAAAUUAAUUAUCACUGACAUAAUAACUCUCCUGUUCUUCGUACCUAGAGAAAUUUGAUAUUUUUAAAUAAUGAACUUCUACAUUGAUGCUCCUGUGUUCAAAAGUAACGUACAUUUUCCGGUUUCUCCUCGUAACUGCGUUUUCCCCAUGUUUUUCUCGCUUUUUUCACAUUUGCUGAAAAACUCUUGAGAAAAUCGAAAAAUGACCUCUUUUAUGUACCUCCCUAGUCAGAUCCCCGUUUAGAAAAAAUGUUAUCUUUGUAAAUCGGAGCAAAAUUUCUGGUAGAAGAGUUGUUUACAGAAAAAAAAAAAUUGUAAUAUUUUACUAAUAUAUUUCGUACAUAUUCCUGGUUUUUUUUUUCUGUUUUUCACAAUGGUUGAGAAAACUCCGAAGGAAAACGAAGAAUUACUUCUUCAAAGUACCUUUCCAACAAAAUUUCCUUUCAGAAAAUUUACUAAAUCGUAGAAAUGUUGUCCAUAGAUAAAACAGUUAUAAAAGUGUAAGUUUCUUCGUUCUACUCAGAAUCUAAAAUGAAAAUUAUGUGUAAUUUAUGAUAGAACCAUAAAAAAAUUGUUUCCUUUAUUUGCUAUAUGCCAAUAUGGUAUGGAACCCAACAAAUUUAAAAUUGCUCCCCCCUCUAAUGUUUUAUCAAAACCGCUAUUGUGUAUCCCUGUUUGUCCUACUCAGUAUUUGAAAUAUAAUCCUUUUAAAAAUAAUGCUAAGGUAAUGAAGUUGGCCAAGGAGGAUUCAUAACUUCUUGUUUGAUACAUUUUUUUUUUUAUUAAAUUUUAUGUAAUAUUGUGUGUUACUACGUUUAUUGUCUUUUGAAUGUUUAUUUUUAAUCAAAUAAUUUGUUAACGUACUGUAUUUGAAUUGGGUCAAUCCGGUAUAUUUCCAAUAAAUAAAUAAAUCAAUAAAAAAAAUCAUAAUUAUGUAUAUGUAGAACAGUGUUAAAUUCCAUCGGACUUUUUUAUAAACUUACUAACGGUGUGAGAUAUCAUUUCUGAUUGAAUCGUUUCCGGCAAUGUCAAAGUCUAUAUAUUUAAAAUAUAAGUUUCAGACAGUCCGAUAUUGUUUAAUAAACUCUCCCUCCUUCGUUGGAUAUAGUUUAGUAAUCCAUAAGUUGAACUUGUUGGUUUGCAUUCGGAUUCAUAUUAAAUUUCUCGUGCACGAGGUUAUCGGACAAGUCUAACAGGAUGGUUAUACAUAACACAGAGCGAUUUAUUUAUCACGAACCAACGAUUAUCUAAACGAAGGUUUCGAGUGUACAUUUAAUUUAGUUGAAAUUUGGGCAGAAAGAGUAUGGGAAUGGUAAAAAAUUUCAAAUCUGUGUUUCUAUACAACAUUAAGGAAAAAAAAACAAUUCAAAUUCACUGAAAGUUUUCGUAAUAUAUGUAAUUUGAUAUUUAAUAUACGUAAUUGCUGGUUCGUGAAAAAAAAAAAUCACUCCGUAUACUAUAAUUCCGAAUGUAAUCGACUCCUUACAAUUGGAUUAUAUUUGUUUGUGUGUGUGAAACGAACAUUGUAGAACAACGGUCUAUUUGAUUGUCAUUUGGAAUGGGUUCGUUUUCGUCAAAUUGAUUGUAUGAAAAUAACGGCCGUUUACUAAAUGUAUGGUAUUUUUUAUUAUAUAUUUUUAUUUCUAAGAUUAUAAAUUGUAUUAUUUUCAUUCGGUACUCGGAAUUCGGUUUUUACUUUUUUGUUUUGUUUUGGCAAAGCAUUAAACUGAUCAAUAAACUCUAUUUUUGGACGUGUUUUUUUUUGCUGUUUCCGUACAAUUUUUGCGUUGUCUAAUCUUUUUACUCGUUCAAUUUCAUUUCUGUUUUAAUGUUUUAUACAUUUUUAUUUGUUUGAUCAAUGCUAUUUUAACUCGGAAAACUUUUUAUACACCAUGGUAUAGUGAGUUCAGGUUACACAUGUUAAAUAUUCUGCCACCUUUUUGUUACUGCCAUUUUUUAAUAUUUUGUCAAUUUUAACAUUACACCCUUUUAUGCGAUACCGAGAAUUGUGUAUAAAUAUUUAAUCUCCGAUUAAUAAACACGAAGAUUGAUUAUCUUUGAAGAUUGAUUGAUUAUAUAGGUUUUCAUAUUUUACCUUUUAUAUUAUACAGAACAUAAAAACAAGGUUUGUUUUCUCUAAAAUGUAACUCAACAUUUUUUUAACUAUACAAUACUUACAUACUAUUAUUUUAUUGAAUAGAGUUAGUCUAUUUUUUUUUUCAAAUAUGAUUAAAAAUUAAAACUCAAUAUUAUUACUUUUAAAAUAUUUUUAUAUUUUAAUAACGAAAUAGUUUUUAAAAAAUAAAUCUUAAAUCAUGUUUAAUUUAAUCAAUAAUUCAAUUUUAAUUUUAUAUAUCGUGUAUAGGUAAUACAAGUAUUGGAUACAUUUGAGAUUUUAGGUUUAGAUAGUUUGUUGUAUGAUUUACCUUAAAUAUCUAUUGUUAAAUCAUAAGAUUAAUUUUUCAAAGUCAAAAAUUGUAUGCCCACAAAAAACCUUAACUGCGUUAGUUUUGUUUUUGAUUGAAUGGUAAAAAAUUAUCAAAAAUAAACGAAAUAAAUUGUGUAAUGAUCGCUUUACUGUGUUUAUAUUUUAAUUUUUUUUUUCUUAAUUAACUAUUCUCAGAGGAGUAUUGUGUUUCCCACAGAAAACUUGUAUUAUUUUUAAAUAAGUAUUCAUUUAUUCCCGUUUCUCACAAAAAAAAAAAAAAAAAAAAAAAAAAACUAUUGGAAAUUAUUAUACCUCUUAGUUUUUUUUAAAUAAAAUUAUUUUCUGGAAUCUAAAAAAAAAAUCUAUACUUUUUGUAUUAAAAUAGAAAUCUGAACACUUCGGAUUUGCUAUACUUAAUUUAACCAUAUAUAAAAAUAAACCUGGCUAUGUACUUACGACUAUUGGUGAAAAUUAAUGAGAUUGCUUAGGUAAAUGAGGUAAAUGAGGUGAAUGAAUGGAGAUUGAAGCACUACACUAUAAAGAAUAGAACAAAAAAAAUGUUUUUAUAAGUGUGGUUGUUUCAAUAAAGAGUUAAUAUUAUGACAGAGAAAAGACUUAGGUCAUUUAUUCUUGUGAUGAGAUAAGUGUUUGCGUAGGCAAUAAGAAUAGUUUUAUAAAUGAAUAUAGAUAAAAGAUAGGAAAGGAGAAGACUGUAAAAAGUUACAGUUGAAAGUGCAGUCAAUAGUUUCUGGGAUGUGUUUAUUGACGAUAUAGAAGAUUCAUACAGAAUCAAUGUGGCUAAUUAUUUAUAAGAAAGACUCCCGUAUCGAAUACGUCUUAUUAGUGAGUAUUAGGACAAAAUACAAUUUAACACAAUUCUUUAUCAAGUCUAAGGUGUAAUUUGUUGAUACCAACAGCAUAUGACAGAAACUACCGAUCAUUGGGCGACGUGAAAAUUCAAACUUAAGCCAACUCGUUCUACAGCAAGUAUACUUCAUCAAGUCCUCACACCCACAAUCCACCCGGCUUAACUAGAUAAACUAUAUAUCUAUCUAUCUCGCUGCUAUAGAUUGUAUUUUUGUUCUAUCUCAAUUAUAAAAUAUAAAUAUCAGCGUUUUGUGUUAUAAUACUAUUAAUAUCUAUGUAUUAUUACCGUGUUACUAUUUAAUUGUACUACUAGCACACGUGGAUUAUUCGUAAUAAUAUUUAUAUCAUCACCGAUUAUGACCGAGUCGGCGUCGGGCUUUGCGUUUGCGGAUUGUCCUCUUUCACACCACCGCUCGUCAUUCCGCGUAGCGAAACCCUUAACCGUGUGCCUACACAGUAUACAAUAUUAUAUGUGGUAUAAACCAUUAUAAAGUAUAAUAUUAUACCGUUUGACCUUAAUCGCGGUUUAUUCACGUGCACGUGAUUAUUAUACGCAAGCGUGGGUACCUACGUAAAUUAACACACAAAAUAAGAGACGCGUAUUAUCCCGUCAUCCGAAAAGUUUGAUCAUUAUAAAGAUUGACGUAGAUAUUUUAUUAUUAUUAUGUAAUAUAUAAUAAAAUAAUAGUAUUGAUAUUAUAUUUUUUUUGCCAGUGUGUCUGAUGUGUAAAAAUAAAAAAAAAUAAUAAUCACAUCCCUUUGACGUACAUAUACAGUGAUUGAAAUAUAUAGUCAAAUAUUUUUAGGCGGUUUUGCUGCAUUUAUAUAGAAGGUACCUUAACUUUCAAACCUAUUUGUGAAAAUGAGCCUUCUGGAUAAAAAAAUAUACGAAUAUAUUCCCAUAUUUAGUGGGCGUGUCUAUAAUUGUUUUUAGAGAACACUAUCUGUAACACACGACUCUUCUCAGAGAUAUUAUAUCAGGGUCAUACUAUCAUAUUAUAUCUCUUGCUGUUGGUGUUUUGUGUACCAAUCGGCUAAAAACAAAAAUAUACACAGCGCCGUUGAACACGUGUGCAAUUUCCCAUUAGUAUAUUGGGUAAAUAUAUUACAAAAUUAAAAUAUUCAUGGAUGCUACAAUAUAUUUCUUAAAUUUAUACUUGUAUAUUAAUAAAUAUUCGUGAAUUUAUUCACCACAAAUAUUAUUUUAGGCUAUUUUAUUAAUAUUAAUAUUCUUUGGGGAGGUAGGAUACUUAUAGUUAUUUAAUUUAUACCUGUAAGCAACGAUAAACCAUUGCUAACGAAAUCCUUAUACAUAUUUUGAAAGACCGUAAUAUUUACGACUUUUGUAAAAAUUUGAUUUUGAAACUAUUUACACAUUUAACUAUUAACACAUUUAUUUAACUAUUUACUCUUAAAUAAUGAAAUCGUUGUGCCGUAUUUUGAAAAAAUAAAAUUGUUUUCGUUUUUUUUUGGUUUACUCAAUUGUUAUAAAAAUAAUUCAGAUAUCAAAGAACUACUGGAAGUGGUUAUAUAUUAAAUGGAACAAAACUCAUUUUAUAUAAUUUUCGGUGGGAGCAAUAUUUCUGAUAGAUAUCAUAAGUUGCAAAAAUUGAAAACAAUGAAAACGGUGACAUCACGGCACACUGUAAAUAACAUCCGUUUUUCCUACCGUAUUUUUUUUUUUUUUUUAAGGUUUUCCAAAUUCUUUUGAAAACAUCUUCGUUAAUUAAAAAAAAUGACCUUAAUGUAUCAAAUAGACAAAAUUACCCUUCAGAAAAGAUGCUUUACUUGAUACUUAGGAACACGAUUUUUUGUAAAAGUUUUCUACAGACAAAAAAGAAAAUAUAUAUUAUAGUAAAACCAACAGAUUUAUAGAACACGACCAAUUUAUGUACAGAUAAUGUAUUAUCAGUUGAGUGUGAUGGUGGGUCAUUGACUAUUUUGUUAACACUAACACUAACAGCACAAAAUUGAUAUUGUUGAAGGAUAAUUUGUUAUAUUGUGGGUUUAUAAGAUGAAAAACAAUAAAUGCAUGAAGUGUCCUUUUCAUCUUAUAGAGUGUAGUAAUUCAAAAGAGGUAGGAUAAAGGGGGAAAUAAUUAUAUGAUAUAAGAUAAACUGGGUGUUUUACUUUUAUAUCUAAAUUAAAUCUGAUAUUUGAAUCACUACCUUUCUUCUGCUAUUCGGACUCACAACUCCGUUCGUGAGUCCGAGAAUAGUAAUACUAAUAAAUAGAAAUUAUAAUUGUUUUACCUGCCCACGGUGUUAGGACGCUAGGGUUAUCAAUCGUAGGUGUCCUCACGUGAUCCUAGAAUUGUAGGACGGCAGCGACAACUCAAUAAAAAUAAUCUAAAUUAAUCUUAACUUUUAGAAACAGCAUGCAUUCAGAUAAUAAAUGCUAACAUUUAAAUUAGAAUAUAAAAAAAGGUUUAUAAUUAAAAUAAAUGUAUAAAAUAAAUUGAACACGUGUGAUUGUAGCUGCUAAAAGUCGGAGCUACCUAUUUGAGAUAAAUAUACAAAAAAAGGGUCGUAGUGACUGUAUGGGUUCGGUACAGGGUUCUCGACAGAGUGAUUUUUAAAAAUGAAAUAGCAAAAAAUUUGAGUGCAUAAAAUGUGUGUUAAAAAUAAUACAUUUUAAACUAAGUUUUAUACUAUAUUAUAUUAAAUAGAAUAUAAAAUAUAUAUUUAUCAUAGUAAUUUAUGCAAGUUAUUUAGUAAAUAAAUUAUUUUCUCAAGAACAUAUUUUACAGGGUUAAUACUUAUUCUACUUUAUAGAAUGAUUUCGAUGAUUUUUAUUUUGUUGAACUGAUUGAGACUUUUUACAAAGCGUGUUGGACUUAAAUUUUGUAAAUUAAAUUAAUAAACGCUAUAAUUAGAGUUUGUAUAUGACCAAUUUUUUUUCUUAUUUUUACUUUUUCUAGCAGGAAAAAUCUUUUAACAGUCUAUUUAGGACUAUUAUCGCUUUGGAUAUGCUCGUAUACUUCUUUCUAUCCAACAACGCUCUCAUUUUCAGCAAUGCACGGAUACCCAUUUUAACUUCUUCUUUACUAAGAAAUAUCAAAAACUCUGCUUGUUAUACAGUUGCCACAGGUUUUAAUUGGUUCUUCUCUAGAAACUUUUCAAGUAAUCAAUGUAUACUGUACUGGUUUAUAUAAUUUCCUCAGUAUUUUCCUUUUGAAACUCUGUAGUUUUUCUUCAACCCCCCGAGUGCUAGAUCACGUCUCGCAUGCGUAAUCUCUUCGCCAUAUCACUAAGCAUUGUUUUUUCGUUUAUGUUAACUCUCAAGUACCUGAAUCCUCUUACCUGUAUGAAAGUAAGCUCUUUGAUGCAGACAGUACUCUUCAACAUUGCGUUCUUAGUAAUCACCAUAGUAUAUUACUUUUGUUUACUAUAGUAGUCCCAUAUUGUAGCUAGAUUUUAAGAGCUUCCAUGAAUUCUUUUCCACAUGGUAUCUGGAUUUAUCUAAUAGGAUAAUAUCAUCUACAUAGGUAAGCAAAGUAAAGGGUCCUAUUAUUUUCAUUUCUUUGAUGUUUAUAAUAUCACUCACCGUAUUUUUUAGGUUUUGAUUGAAUAGUAUUGAAGACAGUACAUCUUAGGUCAGUCAGUUAAAUAAUAAAAAAUCAAAGUCUAAUGCAUUCUUUUUUUUAAAAAAAAAAAAAAAAAAUAAUAAUAAAAAAAAAAUCAUUGUAAUCGGACGUCUCAUAAGACAAGAGAGAUGGCCCUGUAAACUAUGUUUUGAACAAAAAACAGGUAGACUACUUGUGCAGACGUCCUAAUACAACAAUUAAAAUUACAAUGUUUGACAAGACAUGUUAAAAAUUUAAAAAAACUUUUAACUAUAUAAUAAUAUAUAUUUUUAUUUUCUGUAGUUUCAAUCAAAUUUAAUAUCAUAAAAUCAUUAAUGUCUGUUUUAGAAAUCAUAUUUUAUUUUAUUUUUUUUCUAUCAGAGCAUUUUAUUUUGGUUUUUCUUUUAAUCGUAUUUCGAUAAAUAUGAUUCAGAAUAUAGUUUUACGGCCUUCGAGUAAAAGCCGUUAAAUCCUCGUAAAACGGCAUUUUAAUUUUGAACAAAUUGGUGUAAGAGGUUAAUUCAUUAUCAUUAUAUAUUGCGGUGUAAUGAGAAUUAGUAUUAUGAGAUAUCAAAAAUAUGAGACCUACAUUGUUUAAGUCUUAUGAGACUAAAACGAUUUUUUUCAUACGCCCCUUUAUACAUAAAUUAUACACUUAAUAAUGUAAUUAAAUAUUAUUAAAUUUUAAUAAAACAAUUGUUAAUUAAAGUUUAAUUAAUAUUUUAAUUUUAUUUAUUUUAAAUUUCAUAGUUAUUUUAAGCGUUAUACUAUUUUAAAAUGAGAAAAACUUUGUUUUCGUUCUCUUGAGAAAUUGCAAUUUGAUUUUAACUUUUAUCCGGAUGCCAUCGUGUUAUUCAUUUAUCACGACAAAUUAAUAUUAUAUGGGUUGGGUACCUAUAUAAUAUUUAUUUAUUGAAAAUCAUUUGUAAUUCAUAUUUUUUGUUGAGAUUAAAAACAAAAUAUAUUAAAAAACUCGAAAACGAUCGAAAUAAAAGAGAAUAAUAUAUAAUACGAAAUUCGAUUGAAUAUAAUAUAUAGGAUGUGUCAAUUAUUAUGUAACAUCAUGAUAUAUAAUAUAUUGUUAUAUCGAAUGUAUAUAUAUAUUUAAUCAUAUUUUCGGUAUUGAUUUAUGUUCGGUGUAGUCACUUUUUUUUCUUCUUUUUUCUCAAGAACGGUAUUAUACAUACGAACCAUACCUCGGCCGGGUCAUAUUGCUCAAUUCCUACGAGAUAUAUGUAUAAAGGAGAAGAAGGUACAAACAAAAGGGGUUUUCUCCCUUAUACACGUAUCCUUCUAAUUAAAUAUGCAAAAAGCUUGGUGUACGUAAUUAUAAUGAGAACGGGAUUGGGUCGAGUGGCCAUGUAUACGUUGCGUACGUGUGUACGCGUCAUCUGUCCUAAAAGAACUAUCUUGUUUUUUCAUUAACACACAAUAACUAUAUAUUAUACGGAUUGUAUGAAUUGUUCACAAAAUUCAUUAAUACAUUUUUAAAUGCAUUAAAACCCUUUUCAAUGAGAUGGUACACACAAUACAUAUAUACGAAAUAUCAUGUACGCGGAUGUAGUUUAGUUGUUACUUUAGCAGUAUCGGCUCUUGUUUAAAAAAAAUUGAUUUUAUGAAAUUAUAGCUUUAAAAUUUAUUGUAAACACUGCAUACGUUUUCUUAAACUAUUUUAUUAUUUUAAUAAUAUUGUAUAAGUACCUAGUUUAAAUUUUAUCUAAAUUGAAUGUAUAUAUUAUUUAAAAAUGUGUGUGAUGCGUAUAUACAAAAUGGGAGUAGGUAACUGUUGAUUGGAAAAUCAAUAGAAGUAACUUUGCCCCGUUUCGCUCAGCUAAUGAAAUUCAUUAUUGAAAAUCUGUCUCUAUGCCAUUGAUUUUAGAAUGCUACGUGUUGAUUAGAUGAAUUCCGCUGUGAUAAUAUUCAAACAAAAGUAUUCAUCGCCUGACGUGUUCGAUAUGAUUAUUGUUUUAUUGUGAGUGAAUAUGAUGGACGAUUGAGUAAUAUGUUUUAAUAUAUUAUAGUUUUUACACGUAAGAAGAAUACCUAUUAAAUGAUGAUUUUAUUAUUAUUUUCAAACAUAAAACUGAAUAAUAUUUUUUCUCAGUAUAUUUAAGAUACGUCCAAACUAAAAAUAGUUUUGAAUUAUUGAAGUGAAAAAUACGAUUCGAAAUAAUCGUAUUAUUCAAAUUAUAACAGUAUAACAGUUUAGAGCUAUAGAUUAAAAAUAAAGUACACUUAUGUUAAGUCUUUAAGUUAGAUUUAUUAUGAUAUAAUUGAAAAGAAUAUUAAUGAUAUUAUUCAAUUAUUGUUGACUUAUAAGAUAAGAUUUAUAUUUAGUAAAUAUAUUUGUCGAGCACGUUCAUAUGAUGUUUUAAUGUAAUUUAUAUCAACCAGAUCUCGCGGUAAAUAAUGUUAAAAUUGUCAAUAGGUGUAUAAUAGUGGUGGGUACUGGUGGAAAAAAAGUUUAUUAUUUAUAUUAAUCUGUGGAUAUUAACGAAGCGUUAAAAUUAAAAGAAAUUACGUAAUACAAUACAAUUUAUAGAAUAUUAUAAUACUAUUACAAUUUGGUUAAAUAAUAAUAUUGUACUUAUAUAAUUAUAAAACGGCGCUUGUCCUAUGCAAUUUUAGUACACUCCUGUAUUCAAUAGAACUUGCUCUGUAAAGAUACAUUUUUCUCGAUAUUACGGUCAAAACAUAUUCACUGGAAUAAAGGAUUUGACUGUUAUACAGAUUAUAAUAUAUAAAGGUUUCAAAGUUUUAAAAGCUUCGGUUGUAAAAUUAUACGGAAAAAGAUGAAUUUAUAAAACGAACACGCAUGUGUAAUUCAUAAUUACACGAUAUUAGAUUUUAAUGUACAUGAUAAUAUUAAAUAUUUACAUAUUAUUUAAAUAAAAAUAUGAAGGUGGCACUUUCAAUAAUAUAAUACUCAUAUAUUUAUAUAUUAUAAAAUAACAAUAUGACAAUAAUUAAAAUGUUUUAAAUUAACUUUAGCGUAAAAUAAUAGAAGUUGAAGUACAUUGUAUUUGUAGUUUAAAAAAAUAAAAAAAAUAAACUCGUAGUGCAUACAGAAAAAUAAAUCAAAUAUUAAUUUCGUAAAUCGCAUAUUGCAUGCAUAAAAACGUAGGGCUUAAGUUUCUACCUUUAGUUCAAAUUUAUUAAUACAUUUACCAUAACAUUAUUCGAGUUAUAAUUAAUCAAGAAUAGUAAAAAAGAACAGAAUGUAAACACGUUUUUGAUAAAUAAAUACGGGAAACAUUUUUAUAUUAUAUGCUAGAUAUUACUUUAGAAUAUAUAAUGUAUAUGAUUUACACUGCAGAACAGUUGGUGACCUAGUUUUAGAAAGCUCUCGAGUAUAUUAUUAAAAUUUAAAAAUACCGUUCAUACACGUAUAUUAUGGAAGAAGUAAUAAAGUUUUUGUUAUUUUUAAUGCAAUAUUUUUUUGUUACCAGGAGGAUCAACUAGUCAGAGUGUUAGAAAAAAAUACCGAGCUAACCAUCCAAAAUACAGAUCUACACAAACAAGUAUUGCAACUCCAACAUGUAAGUAAAUCUAUGAUAAAAUACCAACUAUUACAUUAUUAUUUUAUUUUAUAACAUAAUUUUAAUCAUAUAAACUACUUUAUUCGGCUAGAAUAGUGUAAUAUUCAGUUAAAAUUAAAAUCACUGUGUGGUUUACGAUAUUUUGCAGGCUGCGAGAACUUUACAACAGGUCUGUACACACCCUACAUGAUACAUCACAUGAUACCCACACAUCAUACAUGCAUAUACGCCCUAACCGCACACAUACAAAUGUCCCGUAAAAGAAUUGCAGUUUUUCCAUUAGUGAAAUUAAGAUAUAGUUUAUUCAUUUUAUGCAUUCCUGUCAAAUAUCUAAAUAGGUGCUCAAAUAUAUAGUUGUAUAGUUUUUGAUAUUAUAGUAUAACAUCGGCCUAUAUCGUUUGAAUGUUGUCUUUUGUCCAUAUACCCGUUUAUAAGUAUAUACUACAUAUCGGCAGUCUUUUAAUGUUUUUUUUUCGAAUUAACCAUUUUUGUAUUUGUGUUACUAGAGUAUUUUAUACAACAUUUUCAAUUUGUUUGGUAUUUAGGUGAAAAAGGGCUCCGGGCUGAACUCUUCCGUAUCAGCCCGGGCAAAUGCCGAUCAAGAAAUCGAUGACAUACUUAAGGUGAGAACGAACAAAUGUGUUAAUAUAGCAACUAUGGCUGGUUUGAUAAAACGUUUCAUAAAAUAUACAGCUAUUGAUACUUACUUCAUUAUUUUUUAUACUACUGUUAUGCAGUUGAUGCAAGAUGCGACCGACAAAAAGAGAGCGCUUGAAAAAGAACAUAAAGAAUGCGUUGUCCAGCUUCAAGACAAACAACAUGAAUUACAGGCUAAGCCAUCGAAUAUUAACUAUGCAGAGAAAACCAGACUGUGUGAACACAUCGAAUCAUUACAAGUAAGUUAUAACUAUAUUUAUAACAAUAAUUGUAUCGAAUAUCUAAUACUGCUACACUGGCAUUUGAUUUUAGUCUAAGAUUCGAGAGCUGGAAAAAAAGAUGGAGCUGGAGAACGUCAAACAGGAAGAGUUACAGUUGGAGUUGGAACAUCACAAAAGGUCUACAAUGCGAUCGGCGUAUAAGCCCACAGAUCUAGCAUUAAGUUCGCCCGCAGAAUCAACUACGUCUAGUGGGGAUCUAAGUAAAUAUUUAGGUGUAUAUGGAUAAAAAUUAGAUCUAAAUUAAACUAAAUUGAUGUAGUCACUAUAAUAUCAUACACAUGAAAACAGUAUUAUUAUGCUAAUAUCACUGUUUUACAGGAUCGAAUCAUUCUUUGAACCAUUCUUCUCUACCUACAUCGUCAGAGCACAUGUAUUCCACCGAUCAAAUGAGACAACACAGAUUACAAUCUGCCGGUACAUAAAGAUUAUUAUUAUUAUUAUAAUUAUUAUUUCUUUUUUGGCACUCAUUAUAUACAUUUGAAUAGAUAGCUGUAUUAUAUAAAUAGGCCGUAAAAUAAUUGUUUAUCUAAAAAUAAAUAGGUGACGUAUUAGAAACGAUGAACACUAACAGAACGAGUAUGGCGGUGGGUAGGGUCGGGACUUUACCGUCAUCGGAAAUCGAUCGUAUAAUGGCGAAAAUCGAUCAAGACAAUCGAGUGUUAGCCGAACUCGACAAGACAAGGUCUACUAUAGGUGAGAAUAAUAUUAUAGAUUUCGUAAAGUGCAUAAAAUGUAAAUAUAAUAUAUGUAUAAAAAAAAAAAAAAAAAAAAACAGUUGCCGGGGGUCCUGGGCAAACAGCACCGCUGCAUAAAGUCAAAAUAAAAAGCUAAAUUUAACAUUUACCUAUUUUUAAAACUCGUGUCAUACAAUUGUAUUAUAUAUUGAACACCCUGAAUGCAUACAUCUAUAUAAAUAAAAAAUAAAAAAAAAACAGUUGCCGGGGGUCCUGGGCAAACAGCACCGCUGCAUAAAGUCAAAAUAAAAAGUGAUAAAACGGAUUCAAACACGGCACCGCUUCGGUCGUGCUUGAAAAAACGCAGUAAGUCAUGGAAAACGAAAAAAAAUAGUGCCUUACUUAUAUAUAGUUCGAAGAGUAGUUUGUUUGAUUAUUCCAAUUUAAAUUCAAAUUAUAUUUAUGUAUCAAUAUUAAUAAUAAAAAACAGACAAAUAUACUUAAGUAAUAAGCGAUUUGUCAAAAUUCAUUCAAUAUAUUAUUAUACUAUUUAGAUUUUUUUUUUCUAAUUAGCACUUACGCUUUUACAUUUACAUGUAAAACAAUGUAUACAUAUUUUAUUUUAAUAUAAUAAUUAUUAUCUAGAGCAAAAUAAUAUAUACAAAUCAUACAUAUAGCACAUAUAUUUUUUUAUAGUUAUAGAAUCGAAGUAUUUACUGAGUAGGUAUUUAUUAUUGCAUCACAUGCAUUAUGGUUACCGUUUUGUAGGCGUAUGAGUAUUUUACUGAACACAUUUUCAAGAAAAAAAAAAUAUGUGAUCUAUGUGCUUUGACAUUCUUGCUAUAUAGAAAUGAUUUUUCCCACGUUCUGACGCACACCGAUUUUGACCAAACCGAAAAUUAUACAAUACAGAUUCGAAUUUUUGUACAUAAUUUAUUAAUUAUUAUAAUGUGGUUAGUGAUAAUCAAACCAAGACCAAUACUCUGGCAAUAAUGGUCUUGGUCAUGUUCUUGCAUACUCAAUCUUGGUCUUGGUCUUAAACGUAUACAAAUAUAUAAAUACCUAAUAUAGGGGUUAGGAUUUCGAUAUUUGUUUAUGAUCACUAAGGUAAUAAGAUAUAAGUUCAAAAUAUAUAUGUGAUUCAAGCUAAUUUAAUAAGUUAUUUGACGACCGCCGUUAGUGCAAUGAAAUUAAUAAUAAUAAUACCUAUACCAACCUAUCAUAAUAGCUCUUUGGUUUUAGUACUAUUCUAUAAUACAAGUAUUUAGGUAGCUAUAUUAAUGGUAUAAAUACGUUUUUUGCUAAUUGUGUACUAAACUUUUUUUAUUUGCUCGAUCGUCGCCAGGUGUGAUUAAUACUUCACUUUGGUACACAAAUACUAUACGAUCGUAUCUUAUCUUGAUUUUAAUAAUGUGUCAUAUCUCCGAACGAUGCGAUCUUCUAAUGUAAUACUACAGUCUAUUAAAUCCAUAGUAAAUGUGAUUUUUUAAAAGAAAAACAAAUUUGCAAGACUGUACAUUUCUUACAGUAUUGGUCUAAUUUUGAUAAUCAUUAAAUAUGAUAUACCUAAACAAAAUACACACUCGUAUAUUAUUAUAUUAUCAAGCUUGGGUUUGGUCAACUCCGGAAUUUAUAAAUAAAUAUUUAGUUUUAUUUAUAUAAUUCGUUUAAAUAACAUAUAGUGUUCCCAUUAUAUUCACCUAUAAACAGUGGCGUGGCGAGCAUAUUUAAAAUUCUAAUAAGCACACAGUCUACAAACGUAAAUCACCUAAAAUAACUCGCCCACUUCUCCUUUUCCUUGCCGUAUAGUUCUAGGACUCAGCAUUUGCACUGCUGCUGGGGAAACGUUGUUCACCACGCCACUGUGUCUCCAAUCAAUUAAUUCGCUAGUCAAAAUAAUUUUUAGUUAUUUUUAUUUAAUAUAAUACCUAUUUACGUACUUAAUGUUAUAUCUAUACUUGUAAAUACGUUACAAUAAUUUUAUUACAAUGUAUGAAAGUAUCUUAUUCUUUUUUUUUCACCUGCACACUUUAGGUUUACCAACUGCAGGCAUACUGCAGCAGCAGGCGUCAGCAGCGUGCAGUUCAAUUCAAGAGCCGAAUUACGCCCUGCCUUCUGCACAACAACACAAUAUGAAUUAUCCGUACACAGAGGUAUGUCUGUCAUAUUAUGUGAACGUUCUUAAGGGACCUGCUCGGACGCAAUAAAAAAAAAUUUUAUGGGAUUGUAUUCAAUAGGGGGUUGAUUUAAAUAGCUAGAAACCUUUUCUGGAUAACGAGGAAUGUUUAAAAAAAACCCACUUAGUUUUUGAGUCUAUCAAUUUUAUACAGAUAGACAGACAUCCAUUUAUAUAUCUAUUUACAUAAAUAGAAUAAAAUGUCUUGCCUGAUUGACUGAUUGAUUCAUCAUUGCCUAGUCGGAAUCGCAAAAGCUAUGAGUAUGAAAUUUGGUCAGUAGUUUCGUUUUAUGAUUUAGAAUCUAGUUACCCCUUGAAUAUCUCCGGAAAUAAUAAAGAUAGCCAAAUUCUGUUUUUUGGGUAUUACUCACAUGAACAAGCAUUACAAAUAUUCGUAUUUUGAUUAAAUUUUUAUUUUAGUAAAAAAAAUUAAAAAAAAUAACUUUUUAUGUUAUUAUUUUCGAACAAUUUUACGAUAGCUAUUCUGUAGUUUAUUUUUCUGAAAAUUCCAAUGCAUCAAACAUUUAUAUCCGAUGAAUAGUUUCUAAGUAAUAGUCGUUUUAAAUUCUACUAAUCCCUGUGAAAACUGAUGUUAUCGCGUAACGCGGUUAGAUUAUUUUCUAGAUAACAUCGGUUUUUACACGGAUUAGUAGAAUUCAAUACGGCUGUUACUUUGAAACUAUUCAUCGGAUAUAAAAGUGUGGUGCAUAACCUUUUCCGAAAAUAAUAAAAUAAAGUUAUUUUUAUCUUUUAUUAAAAAAAAAAAAAAAAUAAUAAUAAUAAUAUAUAUAUAUAUAUACAUUUAACCGUAUUAUAUUUUUUAUACAAUUAGAGUUUGAGUAUGACUAAUUUUUACCGUUCUUCUAACUAAUUUAUUUUGUGAUUUUUGGUUUUAUUAUUAAAAAUUUAAGUCCAAUGUACCAUGCAGAAAGUUUUUUUUUCUUUCCAACAGAAAGCAAAUAUUCUUAAUCGAAUAAUUCUACGAGGCGUUACAGUUUUUUUUUUGUAAAAAAUGUUUCGAGGAUCCUCACUCAAAUUAAAAUUGACUGAAUUAUUAGUUGUAAAUGUGAACAUUUUUGUACUACCAUAAGCAGAACUGUUAAUACAAUCAUUAUGUUUUUAAUAAUGGUAUUACGUUGUUUUACUAUGUUCAUGUUAAGCUUUAUCGCGUGGCCCCCGGUCAUCUCACACAGACAUAUCAACCCUUAUCCAUCGGCACAUCGGUGUUGCCAAACAUAGGACCGUUGACCACUACGACUCCAGCUCUAGAAACAGUGUUAUUAGCUACCGGACAACAAUCCCGACUUCAACCCAAAGGACGGAUUAUGCCUGCGAUUCCGGGCAUGAUCAACGCUCAACAAGAUAUCGAUUGUGAGUACAUCAACCUAUUAUGUUAUAAUACUUUGGACAUUUAAACAUUUGUAUUUAGUUUUUUACAUUUUUGUAUUGCCCUAAUAAUACUUUUGUUACAUUAUUUCAGACCAAAAUAACAUUAUAAACGACGCGUUAGGUUUGAGCAUAGAAUCGACGAAACGUUUCGGGGAAAGACGGAUGCCAGAUAUGUUGGAUAUACCUGGGAAAGGACAGUGUUACGUUUAUUGCGCGAGGUAAAUUAAAAUAAUCAAAAUAUUUGUUAACUAUAUUUUUGUAUAUACCUAAUAUUUGUAAUAAUAACAUUGUUGUUACAAAGGUAUACAUACGAUCCGUUUUAUUGUUCGCCAAAUGACAAUUUCGAAGAAGAACUACCGAUUACAGCUGGGGAUUAUAUUUUAGUGUGGGGCAGUAAAGACGAGGUAUGUAAAAUAAUAUUUAAACGUGUAACUAUUUAAAAGUAUAAACGAAGGUUUGUUCAAGUUUAGCAGCGGUGAAUAUCAUGACUUGCUAUAAUAUGUUUUUUUUUUCAAAUUAUGAUGGCCGAUUUUCGGUCAAAACAUACUAUGUGGAUCCUAUUUUAGUAAAAUUUAACAUAGAUUGAAAUUUAUAAAAUCCUUUUUAUUUUAUAAUAAUAAUAUAUUAAAAAUAAUCGCUUUCAGGAUGGAUUUUUCGACGGAGAACUCUUAGACGGAAGACGUGGUUUGGUGCCUUCUAAUUAUGUGCAACAAUUAUACGGUAGAGACCUAGAAGACUUCUACCAAUCUAUGGUAGUCAGACUGAGAGAGUGCGAUGAUAGUGCAACAACAACGGUUCCUUCGAACAUCGAAUACAUGCUUCCAGGUGAAAAUAAAUAAUACUAUUUUCUUGUUUAAAAUAAUUAAAAGUUAAAUACAUAUUUUAAAAUCACAAACAGAUGAACAGUUGAAAAGGCUGGCUCAACAAGAAUAUAACAAUAUGUUAGAAGAACUACAAGAAGACGAUAACGUGGACGACGAUGGUGAGAUUUAGAACAACAUAAUAUUAUUUACUAGUAUGAUAAAUUCAGUUGAUCAGCUUCUUAAUUAUGAUACAUUCUCACAUAUUUGAAAUACAUAAAUAUACAAAUAUAUAAAUUCGGAUAUAGAAGUACGCCUUUAUGGGCAUAUUAUAUAAGUGUGAAAUGCUUAGUAUAAUAAAAAAAAAAUAUAUAUAUAUCUAUAGGUACAUGUGAAAUAUUGAAUAAAAAGUAUCAUAUUAUUAUGUUUGUAGAAAACUUAAGGAAUUUCGAAUUUUAUCAUUUUUUUUUUCGAGUUUUGGACGGAAGAAUAAACUAGCGAAGAUAUUAUAUUAUACUAGAUACACAUUAGAGCUUUAUAGAUUUUUAGUUAAAGUGUGGGUAAUACAUUAUUAUUGUAAUGUUAAAAAUAAUACUGAAAAUAUAAUAUUUCCAUGUUAAUACCUAUAUCGUUGAAACAAAAAAAAAUAUUCAUUUAAAAAUUCCGUAAAUAGAUGACAUAGUUGUACACUCGUACCUUUUAUAGGUGAAGUAUAUAUUUUUGACAAAAUAACAAUAAUUUGUUUUUUUUUUUUUUUAUUGUUAUUAUUUAUAACAUACUAUAGUUCUAAAUGAUACUAUUAUAAUGACAUUUAUAUUGAAAAAAAAAAAAAAAAAACACAACAUUAAAUAGUGGUUUUACGAUGUUGAAAUUGUGUUAGUUCAUAUAUUAUAUUUUAUACCUAUAUUGUAAUAUGAUGGCGGCUGAAUAUUAUAGACUAGUGCACGUAGAGCUAGCGUAGAGUAAUAGUAUUUUUUUUUGGGGGGGUAUUAUUUUUUCCGGGCCAUCGUCACUGUUAGACAUGUUCUUCUCGCUGCUAGUACCGGCACCCAAGCAGUUGACGUUGGAAAGACAGUUGAACAAAAGCGUGUUAAUCGGAUGGAACGCUCCUUCGCCUGAGGAAGGCUGUUUGCCGGAGUCGUAUCAUGUAUACGUGGACGGUAAUUUGAAAACGACCAUAAAGGCUACAGAACGAACAAGAGCUCUGGUCGAAGGAGUAGACUCAAACAAAGUAAGCGAUAUAUGAUAUGAAUGUUUUUAUCAUAAAUUACAAUUUAUUAAUAUAUUUAGUCUUAUCUGUACAUAGUGUUCAGUGCUCGAAUUUGUGACAGAUGUUUUCAUUUUGUUUUGUUUUAUACAUUUGAACGUAUCGCUUCGUUUAAUUAAACAAUGGACGAUAGGAAUGCUUUUGUCGGAAGUGCUUGUCUUUAAUUGUAAAGCACAACAGCAGUUAAUUAUUAUUAUCGUUCUAAAAUUAAAAUUUGGUUAUAGAUUUCUGAUUUUUGGAUGCAGGGGGAAGUUGCAAUGUCGAAAACCGUUUCGUAGUAUAACUUAUGUUCGUAUGCCCUUAUAAAUAAAGAAUCUGUCGUUAGGUUGUCAAUUUUAUUAUUUAUCGACCAUUUUCCCUGGAAUGUAAAGCUAGGGAUCAACCUAAAAUUUUAUUUUUUUUGUAUCAAUAUUUUAGUGUUAUUUUUAUUUAACAAAAUUUAUUAAUAGUGUUAUUAAUAACAAAAUAUUUUAUACAUUUUUUUUGAUGUAAAAUUAAUUAUUGAAUUUAGUUUGUGUGCAGAUGAUUCAGAGAAUGAAUAGUCGCCCACGGUUUACUGUACCAUUUGUCUGUUAUAUGUAACAAUGGUUAUGAUUUCUAAACUAAAACCAGCGACUAUUUUCAUUUUUUCACCCCAAUUCGAGCGUUGAUUGUGUUAUAGUGUAUUUUCGGAGUUGUUUUAAACAUCGUUAUAAUUGGCAUUGUAACAGAUAAAUUUUAAAAUAUUUGGAUAAAGAUAAGAGAUAAUCGGUAGAUAAAUUAUCUAGAUGAAGAUAAAAGAUGCAUACAAAAUUAAUUAUCUAGGUGAAGAUAAAUCAUCAAUAAAUUUAUAUCCAGACGAAAAAAAGGAUAAUUUUGUUCUUAAUCUGUCAUGAAAAAAAGGUGCUGAAAAUUGUAAAAGUGAAUACCAAAUCUCGGUAUACAUCAAAAUGUUGCAUAAUAGUUUGGCGAUUGAUUUUAACUUAACAAUUAAUUAAAAAAUCUAUUAUUUUUAUUAAAUAUAAGGGCGGAUCAAGGUAAAGAUAACGGGGAGGGGGUGAUUUAGAAAAUGCAUAUAAGGGACGCAUUUAUGACGAGUUCAAUGAUGAAUCUAGUUAAUGUUAUAUUGGAGAGAGAACGGGGGGGGGGACAAUCGUCCCUUCAACCCAAUAAAAUAUCCGAAUUAUUCGAUAUAAAUAUUUUAAAAUAUACACGGCUUAUAUAUGCGGGAACACCUUCACUUAUCUUUAGUAGAAAAUUAAUCGACCUAAGUAUGUGAGGUCGAUUUCUUUCAAAUUUGUACCCACAGAAUUUUAAUUAUUAUAUACACGUUUUUAAUAAUUUUUCAAAAAAAAAACCAACAAUGUUAAUCUCAUAAAUAAAAAUUUAAGUAUGUUAUCGUUGCGAUAUUAAUUGGAAGGAAAAUGUUGAUUAAUACAUUGUUGUAAAUAAAAUAAUAUUAUAAAUUAAACUAAUAUGCCUUGGUAAUAGUAAAAACAAAUUGAUAUUAUUCUGCAUUCAGUAUGCAGAAUUACAAGCCAAUAUUGAGUGGCCGCAAUUCAUACAUAUUUUUCAAUUUUGACCGCAACUAGUUAACACCGAGUAUUUAUUGUUGUGUUUGGUCGGUUUACAGCCGCACAGAAUCAGCGUACGGUCAGUGACGGCCAAUAGGAGAACGUCUCGGGACGCGGCUUGCACAAUGGUCAUCGGUAAGGAAAAGGAAUUGCCGUUACGGCCGUCGCACGUAAAGGCCAGCCAAGUGACGUCCACGUCUGCCGUUAUUUCGUGGUUGCCGAGCAAUAGUAAUUUUCAACACGUCGUGUGCGUGAACAACGUCGAGCUGAGAACCGUCAAGCCCGGCGUAUACAAACACACGAUUACAGGUGAAUAUUUCAAUUGUUUUUAUUUAUUUUUUUUUAUUACAAUUUGUGUUUUAUUAAUACGUAGAUAUCACGAGAUACGCAUAUGUUAAAAAAAAAAAAAACAAUUUGUUUGUUUUGUUUUGUUAUAUAGUCAGAUAGCUAACCCGUUCCAUCUUUUUAAAACAAUAAUUGUACAUGUAUUAAUUACCUAUAUAAUAUAAUACUUCCAAAUAAUAAUUAAAAAAAUUAAAAUAUGUAUUUUAUUUUCGUUGUGAGAGUCGUGUCGAAAAAUAAUAUUAUUAUAGGUACCUAUAUCAUUGUAAAUAUAAAAAUACACGUUGGCAUGUGUUCGUUUAUAUUAAUAUUAUAAUAUACGAGUAGAUUCUCACCGAAUAACCAUAUACGAUUCAUAAAUUAUUGAAUUAGUUGAAACACAAAAAAAUAAAUCUCAAAAAAAUCGUACUACGUUUACUAUGAUAAUUUUAUUUUUUAAAGCGAGUAAAGCUUAUUAAAUGAAAAGCAAUAUUAUUAUGAUAUGAUAUUAUCUAGCCUGUAAUUUAUAUAGAAAAAUUAACGUUGCUACUAUAUCGUAGUUUCAUAUAGUCAGACAUUUUAUAGAAUGAAUCCGUCAUUUGAAUAUUUUUCUGUGUGCAUUUCAAUGGUAAAUUUGAUUCGUUAUAUUGUUAUUAUAUACAAUUAUUAUCAUUGUAUAAUAAGUGACGUCCUACUUGCUAGAACAUGUAAAAGUCAUAUUGUCCUUGAUUAGACAACUCUAUUAUUAUUAUAUACAGAUCAGUGGUGGUCAAAUGGUUCUGUCACGGGGCGGGAGAAGGGAAAGAGGACUAUUAUUUUUACUUAUAUAAUUCUGUUUUUCUAUAAAUAAAUAGGUAAUAUAAAAUAUAUAUUACCGUAAUAAAUAUCGAAGAGGAAUAACUCACGAGGGAUAUAUCUCCUUUAUCUCCCACCCGCUUGACCGCCCCUGAUUAUGAUAGUAUAUAAUAGUACUGCGAUGUAGCGUAUGUUUUGGAAUGUAUUGGCUGAAACUGUAAGACUUUUUCAAAAUCACGUUUAAUUUCAAAUAUAUCAAAAAGCUGUUAUAGUUCACACGGUAGGUAGUCUUUUUUGUUAUUAAUACAAUAUUGUAACGUAAUAAUCACGGUUUUUAUUCCACAUUAUCGUCAUUGCCUUUAUUGAAAAUGAUAAUAGGUACAUACAAAGUCGAUAAAAUAGAUUUUCAUCUAGAACAAAGUAAAAAAAAAAUUCAAGUCGUUCACGUAAGACAGAAAUAAAAAAUGACGAUUUUUAUUCAAUGCAUUUAUAAUAAUUUCAAUGGGUUCAUUCCAAACUAUACAUCUACAUAUUAUAUUGUACGUGCAUGUUUAACGAUAAAAGAGUUAUAAUAACAUAUAAUUUAAUUGUUAUAAAUUAUACACCUCUCCACUUAAUAGUUACGGCUUAAAUAUUAAUGUAAAAAUUUAAAAUAAAAACAAAGUAUAUUUCGAUAAAACGUAAAAAAAAAUUAAAAAUUCAUAAAACACUAUAAUAUAAUAUAGGUACCUAGAUAGUUCACGAAUUUCAAAUUAAUCAAAUUAAUCAAAUUAAUUUGUGUUUUAUAUUUUUUAAAAAAAACUAUACGUUAUUUAGUUUCAUAAAAUUCGAAACGAAAGAAAGAUUCCAUUAUUUUUUUUAUCUAUAAAAUAUGGGUACGAAAUAUAGUAAUUUAGACCAAAUUUCAGUCUUUAAUUUCCAGAAAAUUUAAUUUAACGAUUCUAAAAUGUAUUAAAAUACAUAUAAAAAAAAAAAAACUUAAUUUAAAAAAAAUAUACCAUAAUAUGUACACUUUACUACUUAUGUACUAUGUACACUUACUUUACACUUUAAAUCUGUUUUCAGUACUCUUAUUGCUUCACUAUAUCGAGUUAGUUGAUUGGUCUAAAUUGCUAUGCUGUGUUUGUGAAGUUAGACAAAGAUAAGAAGAUUACCAAUUGAAUCUCAUUUAUUGAAAAAUUAAAAAAAAAAAAAAAAAUAAACAAACGAUUUUUGAUUAUUAAUAAAAGUGAAAAAUAAAUAAAUAAUACAUUUCGAAUAUUAUAUUAUGCGAUAGGUUAAACUUAGUUAAAUAAAUAUCGUUUUUGAUUUGCUGGUGACAAUCAAUUGAAUACACAAUUUAAUAUAUUUUUGAGCAUAUUAUUAGUUCGUGGGUUCUGUCUAUAGGUCUCGUGCCCAAUACUCUGUACAGGGUAACGGUUAGUGCUAAGACGUUACGUGCACCGACGUUCGACCAAAAAAGGACUUCUAACUCUAUGGAAAAAUUUUCAACGCACAUAAAUUUUAAAACGCUGCCUAAAGGUAAACAUUUUUUUUUUACAUUCCAUUUGACAGUCGGCCAUGAGAUUUAAUAAAAAUCACCGCUAUGUUAUUUAUAAAUACAUAUUUAUUAUAAAACAUACAUUGUAACUUUUUUCAUUAUAAGAAACCAUUUUGUUGGCUUUGCAAAAUCGAAAGCUAACCAAAUCGGCACAGAUAUCAAAAUUAAUUUAUCCAACUGUAAAUUAUUGUGUUUUAUAAUCAUAUAAUAUUGCAAUAUACAAUAAAUAUUGUCAUAAAAUAAUAAUAAUUAAUUGCAUAAUUUUAAUCCUUUGCUUGUUUUCUUGUUUUUGUAUCGUGCUUGCAUGUUUGCAUACAGGCUGCAAAGGUAGAUAAUAUAUUUUAUAUUAAUAUUAUAAUACCUACACCAUUAUUGUAUACAUUUUGUAACGAUAAAUAGUGUAGACCAAUUAAUGUUGAAAAUGUUGAUAAACAGAUUUUUUUUAAAUUUUAAUUUUAAUGUUUAUGAUAAAAUUACGUUUAAAUUUCAUUUUCGUAAUAUUUUGCUUUAAAAAUAAAUUUAAUAUUAUGAUUGUGAUUAGAUUAUCACGAUUCCUAUUUCAUUUUCGAUAGCAUUUUCCUCGUUAAAUCGUCUUAAUUUUUUUUUUUUGCUUAUUUAUGUAAUAUAAUUAUUAUUAUAUUUUACGGCAACUCGUGUAAUUAAUUCUUUAGGACUUCCAGAUCCACCUUCAGAAGUACAAGUAGAAUCGGGACCACAAGAUGGAACCUUAUUGGUGACGUGGCUUCCAGUGACGACGACUCUUAGCGACCCAUCCAAUCGCGGUCACAUAACCGGCUAUGCCGUAUACGCAGAUGGAAAGAAAGUAUCCGACAUUGACAGUCCAACUGGUUAGGUUCAGAUUAUUUUUACUAUUUUAUACUUAAUAUUUUUUUUUUUUUUUUUUGUUAAAUGGUCUGAUGUUUAUAUAUUUUUAUCUUAUGCUUUAAAGUCCACUUAUGCCCAUUCCAUCACACACUUCCCAAUAUAAACGUGUAUAGCUGAAAUUAUUUAAAAAAUUACGUUUUUUUUACUUAAUGAAUAUAAUAUAAUUGUUGAUCUAUAUCAGUAGGAUAAAAAGCUUUUCAUCCUUCUUAUAUCUAACCUAAACUAACCUAUAUUAUAGGUUUUAAUGCAUCUUUUUGCCAAAAAGAUUUGUUCGGCUGUUCGUACCAAUAAUUGGGCUAAAUAAAUUUCACUUGUACGCCAUCUUGUUAUAUAGCUUUGUAAAUGACACUUCCAUACUUUUAAUUAUUACGUAUAGUUCCGCUGAAUUUGAUUAUUUCAUCUUAAACAUCUUUUGUCUGAACUAUAUAGCUCACCGCGCUUUAGAAUUUUAUUAAAAUCGAUUGUAUCCAUGGUAAUUCUAUUAGUAAUCUUCAGAAAGACGUUCUAAAAACUUUAAAAGUUAUAGUACAUCUAAAGUGUGUCUAAAUUUACAAAUGAAUUUUAUCUGUACAAAUUUGUAUUUACAAAAAAAAAAAAAAAAAAAAAAAAAAAAAUAAAUAAAUAAAUAAAAACAAUAGAAAUUAGACAUUUUGAAAAUAUAUUCAUAUUAAUUCGUUUGCAUUAAAUGGUUUAUAGGUGAUCAUGCUUUGAUAGAUAUCACUCAACUGCUCAGUCUUAAUCCUAGACAAGUGACUGUGCGCACUAAAUCUAGGGAUAACCAAUCUUCCGAUAGUAAUCCGGUAUUGAUACCUGGUGCAAAAAAUAAAUCACCUCAUCAUCACCAUCACCAUCAUCAUAAAGUAAAUAUUUUUUAUCGUUAAUAAUAAAAUAAUUAUAUAACACAGAUUUAACCAUAAUAUAAUUUUCUUUAAAAAUGUGUGUAUACUAGACUCAAUCUAAUAUUAUUCGAUUAAAAAUGUCAAUGUAUAUUCUAGCAAGAAGAAGCAGAGAAACGAAUAAAAUAUGGAUCGGCAGUACCGAGUCAUAUUAGACCGCAGCGUAAUGCUUAUGGACAGGUGAUCGUGGACACGGAAACAGAAAAUCUCAGUGAUAAAGAGAUAUUUCCGGGGCAGAUAAACAUACCAUCAAUAGGUAUGUGUUAAAUUAAAUAUACUGAAAACAAUUGCUUAGCUUAGGUUUAAUUUGUACAUUUUGGACAGAAGUGACGAAAGAUUUUGCCGGUGAGGGAAACUAUAGCGAAGAAGAAUUUAUGGAAAACGGAAGAGGAGCUAGGCGAGCACCUUUAGUUCAUCCCCAUAGACCCGCAGCGCCUACUCCAAGGUCAUCGAAACCUCCUCAUCAUUCUCGUCAUCAUUACGAUGAAAGGUUCCACUUUUUAAUUAUUCAUAUACUCAUAUAGCGUCUGUGAUCUAUUAUUUUGUAAAAAUGUUUAAUUUGUAUACGAUGUACCUGUAAAAUUAGGGACCAGUAUUACCAAACCGAAAAACAAAUAGAACCGAGAAUGAAACAUGUGCCUACUGGAAUAGAACAACGACCUUUCAGGCCGAAGGCUUCGGAUCCUAGACAACCUGGUUAUCAAAAACCACCCAGAGAUAAGAGGUCGAGAUGGGUAGUGGCUAUUUACGAUUACGAUCCUUCUACCAUGUCUCCUAAUCCGGACGUUUGUGACGAAGAAUUACCGUUUAAAGAAGGAGAACACAUAAAGGUUUAAUGUUUAAUAUCAUAAUGGAUCAUGGAGAUAUAUAUAUAUAUAUAUAUACAUAUAUAUAUAUUUAAAUAUUUCUUUUUUACGGAUAGAUAUACGGAGAUAAAGAUGGAGACGGUUUUUAUUGGGGCGAAAGUAGAGGUAGAUGUGGAUAUGUUCCUCAUAAUAUGGUCAUAGAAUUAUCUGAAACGCAAAAGGUAUACAAGUUUGUAAAUGUAAAUAGGUACUAAUAGGUUAUAUCAUUAAAUUUGUUUAUAGAAUCAAGAUUCAAGAGGUAGAAAAGAUGACCGUUGGAUCGAUCCAUACUCGGGCCCCGUAAAAAAAAUGGUGGCGAUGUAUGAUUAUGAUCCAACGGAACAUUCACCAAACGUCGACGGAGACGUAAGUACAAGAUUGCUCUAAGUACAUGUAUUUACCCGUAUAUUUGUAUUUUAUUUACAUAUUUUUUUACUAUGAUGAGGCGGUUUUGUUUUCAGCAAGUGGAAAUGCACUUCAAAAUGGGCCAGAAUAUAUUCGUCUAUGGUGAAAUGGAUGACGACGGUUUUUAUAGGGGCGAGUGCAAUGGAGUCCGAGGCCUCGUGCCAUCAAACUUUUUGACGGAUGCGGCCCCAGAGUAUGGGACCGAGGACGGUGUCGCCGGGUCAUCACAGCCAAAAAGCCAGCGGCAACAACAGCAGCAACAGCAACAGCAACUGCAACAACAGCUGCAGCAUAGCCAACAACAGGAUAUGCGUGGACACGGGCCUGGGGCCCGUGGCCCGCCGCCCCCACCUCGUGGCAUAGACCAGCCACCCAAACGGAAAGGUACGCAUCCCUGAAGACGUUUCGACCCUGCCCCCGUGGCCCCUGCCCUGAACGCCAUUCUUGUUUAUGACGAUGUUUCGCGAUUAUCGUCAAAAAAAAAAAAAAGACGCACUUACGGUAACGCGUCAAAACACACGACGCAUUUUAAAUAUUUUUCUACCUACGGGUUUUUGCGGCGAUCGAUUCGUGAACUUUAAUAUACGGGGCCGGACUUAAGGGUAGAUAUGUGGCCAGAACGCGUAUUAACAUUCUGUAGUACGAACACAGCAACUUAUUCUUUGAUUGGUCGAUUUCGAAAAUCCUGCUAUCAAAUUGAAAAAUUAUAUGCAAUCAUAUAGUGAAUUACCAUAGUAGUAUAAUAUUGCCUUGUAUUGGAAUCUUCGGCCACCUCUAUUCGUUCACUUUAAGAAAUCAUGAACAAACUUCAUCAAAAAUAACUCUCGAUUUGUUAUGCAAAACUACGUCGGGUGAGUUUACAGAAAAAUUACUCAAAAUAUUUGUUCUGUGAUAAUUGGUUUCCUAAUAUCACUGAAUAAAUAAAUUAACUCACUGAUACAAUAUCACAACGAAUUAUAAUUACGUGCAUUUGCAUUGCCUUGUGUAAAUUACUUUGUUUCAAUCUCGCACUUUUCCCAGAGACUUUGAUUCUUGAAACUUGAAAGUAGAUUAAACAAUACAUUUUAAUAUAAACUUAUAAACUGGAUGCUGGUUGAUUUUCGGAUUGUAUGAUUGUUUACAUAUAUGGGAAGGUUAAUAAUUUUAUGCAAAAUAACAAAUUAGGUGGUUUCGUUGAAUGGACAAUUAGACUUGAAAAUGUUUGAAACCCGUAUUAAGCUGACGUAGGUCAGGGUGAGACGUUUGUAUUAUUUAUAGAUGUAGAAUUUUGCUAAAAUUUAAAGAGGGCUUUUACUAUUAAUCACGGGUAAGAAAAGAGGUUAGGAAAAAAGCUUUAGUUUUGUUUAAUGUGAAUUUAAUAUGUUUGGAGAAAUUGAGGUUUUUAUCUAUGUGCACGCCGAAGUAUUUAACUGAGUUGGAUCACGUGGAUAAGGAACCUAUUUCAAAUAGUGAAGGUCAUUACGCGUGCGUACAAAUAGUUAUCGAUUAAAAUAGUCCAAUCAGAGAACGUAUUUUGAUUAUGGCUGCCGAAAUCUUACUACCGAAUGUUAAUAUGUGAUCUGAACCUCCCUCGAAAUACCCACCUUCGCUAUUUUGACAUUAGUGAAUUUCUAUUAUAUUACAACGACUGCCGAAAACCAAAAUCGUAUUUGCUCAAAAUCUUCGUAUAUAAUCACUGGUCCACGCGGUAAAAUAAAAUUACCCAGUAUCUUUUCAAGGUGAUGGCUGUUCACGAUUAUAGUAGAAAAACGGUCUCGAAUAUGUGGACUGUGUGUGUUAUAUAAUAUAUAAUAUCAUAUUAUUGGAAAAUUUAUAAGGCUUACAAUUUAUGGGCUUCUGGGGUGCCACCCACGACCCCGAAUCCGGCCCUGGUUUUAUAUAUGACACUGAUACACGUGUUGGCAACAACGAAUCACAUUGCAAAAAAUACCGUGACGGUGGGUUAUCCGUUAUCGUUGUAAAAGUAAAAAAGUAAUAAAAAAAAAAUAAAAAAAAAAAUCGAUCGUUAAACAAAUGCGUAUAUAAAAAGAAAAAUACGAAUUAACAUAAUAUUAAUAAUAUAAACACAUAAUAAUACUUAAUAAUAUGCAAUAAUUUAACGGUUCUGUUAAUAUUUAGACACCUCGAGAUCUAUAGGAAAAACAUGCAUAUACACCAUAUACACAACAAGAGACGUAAAAAAUAGUCCGCGAAUUAUAAUUUGUAUACAAUAUAUAAACAUAUUAUUGUUUUAUUAACUAAUCAUUUUAUUAUUGUUUUUGCCUGAUCACUAUAAUCCAAGCAGCUUGUUUUUUUGUUUUGUCAUGUUUGUUGUGUUACCUUAUUAUAAUUAUUUUCCGGUCCGGUUUUUGUUGCGGAAUUUUUAUUUAUUACCCCGUCGUUGCAAUGGCUUUUGAACUUUUUUUUCCUUUUUUUAUUUUUUUUAUUUUUGUCGUCGAAACCCCGACAGCGUUACCUACCUAUUUAUACAUAUAUUGCUAUGAUUAAUCAUUUGUUUUUUUUUUUAUGUGCGUUAUCUGUUUUCCUUCGCAACACACUUUAACAACAAUAAAAUAAUACUAUAGACUGCAUCUAUUAAUGAUAAUACCGGAUUGCGCUUUAAGAAAUAUUUAGCUAAACAACAACUGAUAAGUAAAACGAAGUAAUAGGGAACAAAAACCGAAAUGUUUUUGUUUUUUCUGUGUACAGCAUUGAUUGUUAAUACCGUAACUGAUGAAGGACUGUAAUCAUAUUUAAAGUCUAAGAAGUAUGUCGUCAGGUUGAAAUUUUAUUACAGUUAAAAACAAAAAUAACUAAAUUUAGAACGGAGAUUAUGUCCAAGGGAUGUAAUCAAUGAUUUUCACGGGGAAAACUCUUUUUCUUGCUGAACACAUGUUUUCGCUUGUCAGUUGUUAUUUGAUAUUUUUAAAAUACAGAUAAUGUUAUAAAAGGCACAGUCCACUAGUAAUCAAUAGGUGUAUGCGUAUUACCGGCAGUGCUCGACUUGGGAAAAAAUAUCGUAGGAAUACUUUGAUUAUAUUAAAAAAUUGUUUUCCUCAGUGUAUAACUCGUAACAUUUUCGUUGGAAGAAAUGCCUCUCCUCUCACAUUCCUAAUUUACUUUGAUAAUAUUGUUGCGAUCCAAUAAAGAAUCCAGUACAUUAAUACAUUAUUAUAAAAAACCUGUUAAGCUGCGAGGUUAAUUCGUGCACUGCAGGUGCUGUACUAUAUUAGAAACUUUAAAAAGUAUAAUAUAGUAAGACAUUUUUACGAUCACGAUCAGAAAUUAUCUCAACUCAGUGUUACCAACUUCACGAAACAAUGUACAUUUACCUAUGGUUUUCCGUAAAUUUCGUUCGUCGCGUUCGUAAAUUACUUUCAAAUUGUUUGCUUACAGCACGUAAACUACCUAUUCUUUUUAUUUUUUUUAAUAAUUGUUUAUCGUUUAUGUACUUUGUUACAAGUGUGUGCAAUUAUGCGUGAGAUUCAAGUAAAUUAUAUAAAUAAAAGCCCCUGUUAGUGAGGUACUCGGCAUCAUCUAAGUCGAGCACUGGAUAUAUAGCAUAAAAUACAGGUAAAUUUGAGUAUUAAAAUAUAUGAUAUACCUAUCAAACUGUUUCUUCUUGUGUUUUGCAUUAGGUUAACUUAUAAUCGACGAAUGUAAAUAUUAUGAAAGUGUAAAUUUUGAUUUUUUUACAGAGCAAUCGUGUAUCGCACGGUAGCAUGAAUGUGCUGGUGUAUAAUAUUAGGUGAACAGUAACUGCAGAAAAAAAAGAAAUUCAAACCUUUUUUUUAAGCUUUAAAUUCAUAAAUUAAUUAAAUAUAUUCCGGAUUAAUUAGUAUAAUAGUCACGUAUAGGUAUUAAUUUCCGUUAAGUUAUAUUUUGAACAUUUAUUAUACAAUUUUAACCUCCCUAUGGGCACGAGAAAGAGUUAAUUUAUCAUACUAAAACGUUACUAUUACUUUUAUUUUAGAACAUAGAAUAAAACUUCCCCAGUUUUAUGAUGAUGCAAUAAGUGAGGGGUAUGAUCGGGGUUAUCAUUAAAGUAAAUUUUAAAGUAAUAAAAUAAGGAUCAGCAUAGUGUACAUUAUAUUUGGAUUGUUUGCUGUACGAAAUACUUGUGUUUUAAUAUUACGAAAUUCGACUAAAACAAUUUCUCGAAAAUUCUGUCAACUAUACUAUAUUUUAUAGAGUGAAAUCGAUAAUUUUAAAAGAUGAAAAAUGUUUUAAAACAAAAAAAAAAUGUUUCCAAUUUCCAAAUCAAUGUUUCAAUCUGCAGUAAUAAGGUUUUUCAAAAUUCAUGGGGAUUAUACAAAAAAAACAGACGAAAAUGUUUCGUUUUUAUUAGAGCUCACGUUUGAGACUAAUAAAACGCAUUGAUAAUAACGAAUCGAGAUUGAAAUAAGUACGAAAGUUGGUAUUUCACUUAUUCUAUUAUUUUUCCCGUAUUGAACUUCGUAUUUUUAGUGACGUGAUGCAUACGAUCGGUCUAUUCAACGGUUUUAGCGACGAGACACAUUAUUGUUAUAAUAUUAUGUUGGUAGCUUUUUAUCAUUAUUUAUAUACUGAACAUAUAAUGCGAAUAAAAUCAUAUACCGCUCCUGUCAAAAUAAUGUUUUAGUACGCAUUAUUCCGGAUGCCAACACAUAAUAAUAUAAUAUACCUAUAUAUUUAUUAUAUAGUGCGCUAAAACAUUAAUAUCGAUUAUUUUUGUUAUCGGUAACAAUAAUUGUUUGAAUACACAAUCGAAUUCACAAAUAAUAUUACAAUAACCUGAUGAUUUGAAUAGAUAUUUUUUUUGCCGGAUGAACGGAAACUCUAGACAUCCGAAAUAUAAUAUUUGAAAUUAAAUCAUUUUAAAAAUACUGUAUCUACACCAUGUAUAUUAUAUAGGUGGAGCUAUAAUUUAGAGUGAUUUUGGUCAUAGUUUUUAUAAGUUAAGUUUAAAAUUACAAAAAUGUGUAUUUCCAACUCGAUAGUAAAAAAGAAAAACUAUAAAUUGAUUAUUGAACAGAACAUUUGUGCAAAAAUGUGUAAUUUUUUUUUAUCGCAAAUGUAAACAGUAUCCGUGAUAUUUUGUUUUAAGAUUUUAAUAAAUCUUACGAACCAUAACUCGAAUACGAAAAUCAAUAUAUUAUGUAUACAAUAUGGCGUUAUAUAUUUGAAUUUUUUCGGAGUUUAACGUUCCUAAAUGAAUUAACUAGUUUAAAAUAAUUUUAAAAAAAUCCUGUAACUUUUUCAAAUUUUUUUUUGACGUUAAUUGGUGCUUUACAGGAGUUAAAUUUUCCCAUUUAAAAUACAAGUAUUUUUAUAAUGGUUAAGAUUUAUGCUUAGUAUAUCCGAAAAAAUACUAAACUGACUUGAAUCAUAAGUGCUAUUCUUCUUUGAGAGCAAAAAAAAAAAAACAAAUUUUUGACAAAGUUGUAAAAAACAUAAAUUUAAAAAUCAGCAAAAAAAAAAAACCAUGUACAACUUUGUCGAAAGUAGAUUCUUAUGGAUUAAAGUGAUAAAUUAAGUCUUACACAUUGUAAAAAUACAUAUGUUUUAAAUGGAAAAAUUCAACUCUUGUAGGCUACUAUUUAGUAUCAAAAUAAAAAUUUGAAAAAUUACAAAAUUAUUUUUGAAUUAUUUUGAAUUAGUUUCUUCAUUUAAGAACUUGAUUCAAAAAUAAGCAAUGCCCUAAUAUACGAUAAUUAGAGAACUAGCAUUUGGGGCACCUGCGCUUGUAAAAUAUUAUAGCACCGGUGUAAAUUAUUCUUAUUCUAUGGCGUUUAAUAUAUACACUAAAAGUUUUUCCACCAUCACAGUCUCCCUUCACAUUACUCAAUCCUGAACUAUACUUUCCCUAUCAUUCUUGUGUGACUCUCAUCGUUUUAUCAAUAUUUGUUCUUCCACGACACACUUAGCUAAUAGACCAUUCCUUAUGCAGAUCACUUGCUUAUCGAAUUCCAAAUUAGUUUUGCUUUAUAUACUUAUACCAUUCACUCUUAUCCGCAGCAUUCUAAAUUUUUUUCUUCUUUCUUAUCAUCUCUGUUCCGCGCAAAUAUAGACCGCAAUUAUUUUAUUAUGUUACACCUGUCCCUAAAUUGUAUUCAUGGCCAAAACCUCAUCUACUUCAUAAUCCCUCAUAUAUGCUAUCACUAUUAAUAACCUUUGGCAAGGGUUUGCUCAAUCAUUUGGUUUAUCUAUCUUCUUAAUUAUAUCACUUGUUACAUCGCAACUCUUAUUCUCUCCACAUUCCCAAUAAAUAUAGGAAUGAGAUACAAACGCAGGAGCAAAAAAUCUCGUAGCUCCACCUAUAUAGAUCAUCAGAUAUCUAUAUAUUCGUUUUAUUAUUUGAAAAAAAAAAAUGCAUGUUAUAAUAUUGAUCUCUAUGUGUGCUUUAAAUGUUUAUUAUUGUUUGGUUUUCUUUAUAUUUUUUUUUAUACUAAAAACUCGAAUCGGUUCGAAUAUUUUUUAUUCAUCAGCUGCAGUGUACAACUUUUUUUCAACGAUACGACCCACCUUCAAUGUGUUCCAAGCAUGUAAACGGUUUUCCCGCCCCCACACAUCACGAUUGUAUUGUAAAUGGCAACGUAACCUGCAUUGCCGCAGUUAUACGUUAUCAUUUCCGGUGAUGAUUUUGUUAUUUUUGUUAUACCUAUAUAAUACACUCAUCUAAAUAAUAAUAUCCUCAUCAUUUACAAUAUUAUUAUAUUAUUGUACCUAUACUAUUUUAUUAUAUAACAUAUAAUAUAUACCUACGAAACACAGAUAUUGCAUGUUCUGUGUUUCGGUGUUUUUGUCACGGUCAAAAAAAAAAAAAAAAAACCGAAUCAUUCAAAAACAAUUUUUUUUUUUUUUUUUUUAAUGUUUUCUGUAUGUUUUUUCUAUCUUUUUGUUUUUCUAUCUUUGUUUUGUUCGCUAUAGAUGCCUGCCUUCCGCAAUACGAUUAUCACCAGGUGAGUGCGUGUGAGCUAUUAAAUGACCUAUAGCUGUGUGUCUUCUUCAAUACAACAAUAUAUGUUUAUACAACAAAAAAUACACUCACACUCUAUUAUCGCGACCAGAUAACAACAACAACCUCUACAACAUUAAUAUAUACACGCACACACAAAACAAUAAAUAAAAAAAAACCAAAUAUAUUCUGUGUGUAUAACUACUACGCCUAGCUGCCGCACCAUAAACACAUAACGGAUAUAUACAGUAUUUAUAAAUAUCGUUAUAUUAUAAAUCGUAAAAAUCCAUGAAUUAUUGAUGUAACAGCAGGUAUAAUAUUGACAGUGUUUAUACCAUUGAUUAUACCAUCUACCACUCGUAGAAUUCAGCCGUUAUCGAGCACUAGAAUCGUUAUUGAUUCUCUUGGAAACGACUCUAGUGCACCAUAGCGGCUGUAUCCCACGGCUAGAGCCAAAUAUCCCAUCACAAUAUGCUUUCUGUCUAUUGUAUAAUCGAUGAUAAUACGCACCUACGUAGUAAAUACUGCGGUGGCGUAUUUAUGGGGGUUACAAACCCCUCGCACUAACAAACCUCUCGAUUAAUCGAAUACAGUAAAAACUGUCUAAAACGGAACUCUAAUAUAUAAAAAUAAUAGGAACCGAAAAACAUUUCCGUUCAUCACGUGGUUUUGGGAGCUCUACUGUGGUUUAUAAACAAGCGCGUGAUUAUAAUGUAACGUUAUAAUAUGUAUUGACAAUCCUUAACGAAUAUAAUUGUUGUAUAUGUACGAAUAUAAAUGUGUGGGAGACUGAUUAUAUUGUAUGGUUGGGAUUGUUGAACGGUAGAUGGAAAUAUAGAACAGAGAAUGAGUGUAGCUAAGAUAAGAAUGCUUAAGCAGAUGAGUGGAGUAACGAGAGUAGACAAGAUAAGGAAUGAGUAAAUAAAAGGUUGCUUGAAAAUGGCUUCGAUAGUAAAUAAAACGAGGGAAAAAAGACUGAGAUGGUUUGGGCAUGUCAUGAGGAAAAGGGAAUCUGAAGCAGUAAGAUUUGUAAUGAAAAUAAACGUAGAAAAAAGCUGAAGAGAGGAAGAAGGAAAAAGUGGUGGUUGGAUGCGAUUGAAAUGAUAUGGAAUAAAAAGGUGGAACCCAUUUGAAAUAGGAGACUGGUCCAUGAAGAAGGUGAUUUAGAUAUUUAUUUUAUUGUUAAAAACCUCAUUUGUGUAAUUCUUAUUUAAUAAUAUUAUUCAAAAUUAAUCUAUUAUUUAUAAGUACUUACAUUUUAAUACAAUAUGAGCGUUUAAACAAAUACUAAAUUUAUUUUUAACGGGGAAAUGCAAUUGUUUGGGUCUAAAAAUGAUCUGAAUUAAUAAUAUCAUUGAUAAAGACUGAUAAGAAGUAUGACGUAGGUACUAAUACAAAGUAUAGUAUGCGAAAUUUAAUACUCCAUUUCGCCAAGUAGGUAUCCGUUUCAGACAGAUUUUGCUGUAGUUUUAUUUUAAUAUCGUUAAAUUUAAUGUUCAAUAAUAAUUUAUUUGUAUAUUAUACAUUUUUUUUUUCUAUUUUCCGGCAUUAGUGUGAGGUUCUCUGUCAAAAGAGUGAAAACAAAAUAUGGGAAAUUACAAUAAUUUGAAAAAAAAAACAAAAAUGACGAACAUGAUUGCAUGAUGAUUAUAAUGAAUGCAUUUGCACCUUUUUAUUGUUUUGUGCUUUUAAUACGUGCUCAUAUUAAUAUUACACGUAAUAUUAUCUAUAGAAAUGUAUUUCUUGUAUUGUAGAAGUUAUUGGUACAAUUUUUAUAUUGCAUUUUUUUGAUAUUAUUUGUUUAUUUAAUAUAUUUUUAUUUUUUUUUUGGAUUUCUUAUAUAUAUAUAUAUAUAUUAUAUAUUUAUAUAUUUAUGUAUUGAUCUUUAAUCAAUCAUAACUUUAAUUCGUUUCAAUAGUUCUUACGAUAAAAUAAAUGCCAUUUUAAACGACAUUGAUUUGUCUUUAGAUCAUUUUUAUAACAUUUUUAUUAUGUCAUUUUGUACAUUUUCUUUGUUGAAUUUGUUUUAAAUAUAUAUGAAGUCAUCAUGUUCUGGUCCUUAAAUAUCCCUAAUAAUUGAAAUUGAUUGAAACAUCAUAUACGACAGUUAUUUACAAUGAUAUUAUACUAUUCUGUCGUUUAGUACACCUACGUAUCAUAGUUGUUCCAAAUCUUUACAUUUACCUGUUACAUUCUUUAAAUGAUUCCUAUUAAAAAAUAUGUUUAUUUUACAAUAUUUUCUACUAUUAUAUUUACAAACGUCAAUCGAGCGCGUUUAAACAUAAAUUUCUCCAUCUAGUUGUCUUCCGCUUUAAUAUUCCCCAUUCCUCACGAUAAUGCAACCUUUAUCAUAUUUUCUCUCUUAUCUCACAUCUGGUAAAAUGUCUACUUUCUCAAUUUUUUUUUAAAUUCUUCUCCGUCAUACCCACUUUUUCCAAACUUUUUCUCAUUUUUCUUUUGCAGCCUUCUUUUAACUACACACUCAAGUCUCCUACUUCCCACGUGCUGCAAAUUCAGACUCUUCAUUUAACCUGUUAUUCUUUUUUUUUUUUCUUGUAUUUUGGGCUUACCCCGUAGUUAUUAACUUUAAUAAAUUAGUAUGUCUUAUAAUAACUAUUUCAAUAUUUUAAGUUUUUUCGUUGAAUUGUAUGUAUUUUAUCUUUAUGCAUUUUAAAUAAUGUUUCAAUUCUAUUAAAAUUGAAUUGUAUUUUAACUUUUGAUAACAAUUUUAUAAGGGGAAUAUAUUAUAUUCACUUUUAUAGUAUACAAAUACUAUUUUCGCUCUUUUUGUUUUCUUUAUCUCUAAUCAUUAUUAUAAUUGCAAUUUACUUAUUGUUUUCGCUCUUUUAAUGGAAUAACAAUGUGGUCUGAUGGGAUUGCGUAUUUACAGAUUUUAUCCGAGUUCAGCCCAAGCCUAAACGUUACAGAGUAGAUUUCAGGAGUUUUAUAAAAACUUAGCUUACCUGUUGGUUAAAAUCGGAUAAUGCUUAAAGCAAGUUCGUCCUAAGUGUGAAUCUAAAACCUUAGUAAAAAAUAAACUACGACGAGUUGCGUAUUUAUUUUUAUACAUACCACUUGGGUUGAACUUGGAUAGAUUAUGUAAAUAUGUAGAUUGGUUAUCACUGAAGAACUUAUUUAAAAUUACGAUUGUGUUUUUCCACGUGUUAAUUAUUAUUUUGUUUUUUUAAAAUAUUCAAAUAAAUUUCAUGUUAUCGGUAAAAAACGUCAUCCGUAUAUAUGUGCGUGAUUGUGCGUUUAGAGUGAUAAUAUUAUACACAAAAGUAUAAAAUAAUAUGAAUAUUGAAUUAUUAUUUUCGGGGCUUAACAUAUUGUUUCGGGGUUUUUAUAGAUGUCAGCGGCGGAAGCGAGGGAGAGAGGAGAUCCGUACGAGAGGAGAGAUGGUAGAGACGGCGUCGGCAGCGGCGGUGUCGGUGUCGGUGCAGGCGUUGGUCAGGGCGUUGGAGGUGGUCAGCAACAGCAGAGCACUUCCGGCAAACUGUUCAAAGGUCUGGCGCACGUGGUGCCCGAUUUUGGUCUGGGCGGAAGACUACACGAUGGUCAACAGGUCCAACAGGGCCAGUCCGGCACUACGUCGAGUUUUAUGCAAAAGCUCAACGACCUGACUCAUCACAAUCCCGUCACCAACGCCGCCGCGGCCAACCAGCAGCAGCAGCAACACCACCAGCAGCAGCAACACCACCAGCAGCAGCAACACCACCAGCAGCAGCAACAGCAGCAACAACAACAGCAACAACAACAGCCCGACCACGGGGUGGAUAACAUAUUGUCCAAGGGCAAAGAACUGAUUUUCAUGAAGUUCGGAUUGGGCAAAUGAUGUUUAUUACCGACGACUAUUAACGUACUUGGUACUACGGCCGUUCACUGCCGAUGAUUAUCACACGAUGAUCGUCCUCAUCGUCCCACACACUGAUGUAUAUUAUUUGGUUUUCUUCAUUAUCGUUAUCAUUAUUAUGUAUAUAUAUAUAUAUAAGUAUAAAGUAUAAGUAUACGUUCAUUCGCUCGCUCUUAUUCUCCAUCAUACAUUUUGGCGUCUGGGUCAAAAUCUCGUCAAUUCUAAAUCUCGACAAGAUCAAGAUCCCGAAAGUAGCUUUUAUAAAAUUACAGAUGCAUGUUUAUUUUAUUUUAUUUAAUACGGACGUGAUCCAAAGUACAGUUCUAAUUCAAUAAAUUUAAAAUGGGAAUUCAGUGGAAGUGAAAAUUUAGGUAUUAGUGAUAUUUAUUAACCAGGUGUUAGUGUGAGAACGAAGGGUGGACGUUAUCAAGGAGCGUUUGUAAAUGAUUGUUCGAGCUAUAAUUGGUGGUGUGUAAAAGGAUUGCAAAAGUAGCGGUAGAGUGGAUUGGACGUGGAGGGAUUUGAAAGUUGAUGAGGGAAAUGAGCGACGAUGAUGUUAUCAAUGUUUUUAAACUUCAGAAUUUUAAACGAUUUAAAUACACAUUUAUAAUGUAUAAAAUACAACGUGACCCUAUAGUAAUAAACUAUAUGCACUGUUUGGUGCAAAAUAAAUUCAGUGAAAUUAAUUGUCGGGAUUUAGACGUUGUAUGGAUUUUUGAGAGGACGUGAUACAGGGAUGUGCUGUUUCUGGCUUAAUGUAAACUUGCUUUCAGCAGGAACAACUUUUGUGUUGUAGUUUUAAUAUUACAGUGAAUUGGCUCUUAUUUUAAAAUUUUAAGACAAAAAAGACAUUAUCUGUGUAAUUUUCUAUUCGUCUACGCUAUUUUUUCGAUAUUCUAAUUUCCUCACGAGAUAUAAGCAUUAUCAAACUGUGAUGUUUCACACAAUCGUCCGUCUUAAAAAUUCAAAUAGCGAAAAAAUAGUACCGACGUUGCAUAAUUAUCCUUAACCUUUAUAAUAGGCCAAUUCACUUUAAUAUUAAAACUAACAGCCCAAUAUUGUCUGUGUUGCACAUCAAUUUGCAUUGUCAUACGUUUGUAAGACAGAGAUCGUACAUCCCACUCGACCGUCGGAAUUUCGAACGCUUCCUCAUCAUAUUAUAACUGCGGUUUUCGACAAAUUCGUGUUGCCUAACUUAUUUUGGCUUAAACAAAUCAACGGUAUUAGACAUAACGUUGUUUUUCUGUACUUUCGAUAACGAAAAAUAAUUUCGGGUAGGGGUUCUGACUCACCCCACUCCGCCUUCUCACUAAUUACGGUCUCGUCUGAUACGAGUUUACAAUAUCAUAAUAUUAUCAGUAUUAUCACAUGUAGUAGUCACCGUGAUGAUUUUUCGGUUCGUCUUUCUGCUUAUUUAUUAUUAUUAAUAUUAUUUUUUAUUUAUUUAUUUUUUUUUUUCGAAACCGCGUUAAUAGUCGACGGGUAAACGUUUUCGCAAUAUUAUUAAUAUAGAACUCGAUCGCGCGCACUACCUAUACAUUAUUAUAAAUUAAAAUAUUAUUAAUUAAAUAUUAUUAUAUCCUCUUUAUUAUUGACUUCCAUACGUUAUAUUAUAUUAUAAAUAUUAUUAUUAUUAUUAUUAUUAUUAUUAUUAUUAUUAUUUUUGUCUAAUCCGACACGGACAUUUAGUUUUAAACGGUUUUUUUUUUGUUUUGUAUAUAAGUAAUAGUUAUUAUUAUACUAUCAUAAAAUAUAUAUAUAUAGCUUAACAAAACCAUAAUUAUUGUAAUCGUUUCACUCGGCGUAUAGGUAUUAUAUUAUUAUAAUUUAUCGUAACAAAUAAUGUAUUCCAAGUACACCUGUACGUGUAUUAUAUACCGUUUUAUUAUUAUACGGUACGGACUAUUUCAAUAUUAUAUUUUAAAUACACCGUUGUUAACUGUACGAUUAUAAUUAUAUUAUGAUAGGUUAUUAUGUUAAUUAUACAUAUAUACAUAUAUACAUAUACACAUAUACAUACAUACAUAUAUAUAUAUAUAUAUAUAUAUAUAUAUAAAACAAAUAAUAAUAAUAAUAAUAAUACCAUACGCGAGAAAAGUCAAAGGCUGUGAUAUUAUUAGUUUUGAUUAACUUAUUACGACCGCCUGUAUUGUAAUAUGUAUGUAUAUUUAUCGCGCACACCCCGGGCGUAACGGAAAAAAGACGACGGGGAAAUCCUCGCCGAAAAGCCCGAAAAUGGCUGCCGUUUCAUUGGACGCGUUGUCUCCCCACCGCCUCCACCCCACCACCACCACCGCCACCCCCCACCCCGGCGGACCGGCGAACGUCCGGCCGGCCGGCCGGCCGCUCCGAUUGGACUCCGUGCGCGACGACACCGAUCAACAAUCGUGACCCACGUGACGCAUAAUAACAAAACAACUGAAAUACAAAUAUUUAUCACAUGACGCGCAAAAAGAAAAAAAGGUCUCGCGCAUGUGUGAAUUGUCAAAAGAGGUCAAAAUAUCUCCGAAAAAUUCCUUUUUUGUUUUUUUUUUUUCUACUUAGAAUUAAAAUAAAUUACUUGUAUUACUUUAGUUGUGAUAAUAUUCUAUAUUAUGGUUAGGCGUUACUAUGUACACAAUAAUUUAUGUAUAUUAUAAUAAAAUGUACAUCGUAGUAAUAAUAAUCGGGCGAGCCGUAGGUGAAAAGUUUAUGCCCGAAGAGCUUGCGGGUUCGAAACGAAAUGAGCUAACGUUGAGAAAACAUUUUCACCAAGGACCCGCAGUAUGUUAGAAUUAGGUAAAGAAAAUAUACACCGAACCGGUGGCGCAAUUGGGCAGCAGGGGUUGGUGGGGUUUCAACCCCCGCUCCCGGUAAUUUGAUAUUCCGUUACGGAUUUAUUCCGUGCACAUUAGUGUACGAUAGUCGCGUAAUUUGUAAAUUUGCAAUAACAGAUAUUUUCCUAUUGUAGUGUUGAACACGUGCGCGUCGUUCGCUUCACCCGUUUACUAUUUAUUAUCUAUUAUUUAUGAGUUUAUUGUGCCCGAAAGCCGGUUCAGAUAUUCGUUCGGAACUCGUAAACCGCACCCUUCCCUCCCGGCCAACCAAAACGAAUCCCGGUUGCGCCACUACACUAAACAAUCGAAUAUAUUUUUUAGUGUUAUUGUGUACUAUGUAUCACACAAUCUUAAGAUAAUAAUGAUUACGCGCAAUAUUAUGUAUUAGCGAGUACACGUUUAUAAUAUACUAACAUUUCAAUAAGUGCCUAUAUAUUGUAUUAUGUAAUUAUUAUAUUUUUUGGCAAUAAUUUUUUUUCUAAAUAAUUAAAUCGUGUAAAAUAAUUUAUGUAUCGUUGUCAUUUCAAUAUUUAUUACAUGUAUAAGCAAAAACAAUAUAUUAUUUCGAAAAAUAAAGAUUAUAUUUUUGAUCGGAGUUAUUUUGACCUCGCGGAGAUAUGAAUUAUGUGUGUACGGCCAUACGCAUAAUACACAAAUCUCUUCGAGGAAUAUUUCUACCGCGACGUUGAUCCGCGCGAGUUUUUUUUUUUUUGAUUAAAAUUACCGGAGUCUAUUAGGUUUUGUUUUACCGUUGUUAUUAUCGUUAUUGUUUCCGUUGUUGUUGUCUAGGUCUACCCAUAAUAACGUCUAAAGUUUCUUCUUGUUUUUUUUUUUUUCCACUCGCGAAAACCUCCAGCGUCUGUAUUAUCGAUUUCUCGUAUACAUAAUAUACGUACGAUAAUAAUACACGUGACCCGACACCGCUUCGCUGCCACACCGCCGAGCGUCUUCAGCUAACAACGUUCAUUCAUAAAAUAUCAAUAAUCAAUAUAUUGUAUAACGUUACAUUACCGCGUUUCGCAACUGCCAACUAUUUAUAAUGAAUAUAAUGAAUACAUACGUAACCGUUUUUCCUAUACGUAUUUCAAUUCGUAUACACUUUGGUCGCUGUUGGUUUUUUAUCGCGCGUAUAUAUAUAUAUUUUUUAUUUUUUUUUCCGACUCUUUUUCGUCGAAAUAAAUAAUAUUAUAAACCGUCUAUUGUUAUUAUUAUACUAUUAAACGUAUGAUAAUAUUGCCGGAAUCUUGAGGGGGGGGGGAGUGCCGCCGUCGGAAUACGAUAAAAUCGGAUUAUUUUAUUUUUUUUAUUUUCCGUAAACAUCUUGCGAAACAGCAUUUUCAAAAAACAUCAGCGUCCCAAAAUGAUACAGGGUGAUCAAUAUAACGUAUAUGGUACUCGUAAUCUCGGAAGGUGUAUGAUUAUUUUUUCAGUUUCUUAUUUUCUACGGCUGUUAUUUGUUUCAAUAGCUCUAAAAUUUGUUACAUUGCCCUUAAUAGCCUAAUUUUUGCGCGUGAAAUCGCUGCCACGUUUUGACUUUCGAAUGACAACCGAUAGGCAUUAAAAAUUGCAUAAAUAAAUGGAGUUUUAGUUUGAAUGAAUUUCGGUGUUGACGUUUUUAAUUUCCGUUAACCCGUUGACGAGACAUUCCGCUUUUUUGUUACUAUCACCCUCUAGCCACGAAACGACCGACUCAAAAGUGGAACAUCCCGUCGACGAGUCGAUAGAAAUUGAAAUUAUAACACCAACGUUUAUCUAUACCAAAACACCCUUAUUCACGGAUUUUUUUUUUUUCGUACACAUGUUGCUAUUCAAAAACCCAAAGGUGCUAGUGGUUUCAUUACGAAACGUUAACGGUGACGAAAAAUAACGGUAACGUGACGUUUUAGAGCUGCGUGUUGUUAAAUUUUUUUUUUUUAAAUGUUAAUAUACUUUCGAGAUAAUAACAAUUGUUUUACGCUACCUAUAUCGAUCACUCAGUGUAAUAUUAUAAUUUACUAUUAUCUACGACGACGUGACUAUUAUAAUGAUAAUACUAUUGUUAUAAAUCGCUGUACACGGCGCGUACAAAACGUAUAUUAUAUACUCACAAAAUGUAAUAACUAAUGAUAUAUCAAAUUAUGGAUAGUUUUUUGAACUUUUUUACGUACACACACACACACACACACACACAUACAUUUUCUUCUCACAUCCCCGUAUUAAUAUUAUAUAAUGUAAUAAUUCGCGUGCACAUAAUAACAUAAUAGUAUUAUAAGAUAAUAUUGUCAUAACGUAAAAAAAAAAAUAUUAAAAAAAUGUAUUACACACUUUAUAUUAUAUUAUUACUAUUUUACAUUGUUAUACUUACAUAGGUAUACGUUCGUCGCGAUUAUAAUAUAUUGAUAUAUUAUAAAUUAAUAAUUUAGUUGGACGGUGCCUAGGUAAUAGGGAAUCGGUACAUUUUAUAAUAUCUAGAGUUAUUCUCAAUCACACAAAAAUGUUCGAGAAAACGUCAAAAAGGCAUUUAAAAUAACAAAAGUGGUCGACGGGUUUGAAAAUUCUUCCCUCUAACUGCUCUAACUUAUAAAAUAUAAUUCUCUACCUUAACAAAAAUGAUUGAUACAAAGGAAAUGCGUUUAAAUGAAAUUUUACGUGUUUUAAAUAAAAUUACAAAAACUUUAAUAUUUGUUUAGGGUGAGAAAAUUAUAUCUUAUAAGUUAAAGCCGUUAGAGAGGAAUUUCUAAAACCCGUCUACCGUUUUUACUUUUCUAAAUAGUUUUCGCAGAAUAUUUAUGAGCUUUUUUUUUGUGAACUUUAAGUGCAUAUGAAUCCGUUCUCUACUGAUAACUGAACCCAUUGUUUCGUAGGCUUGAUAAAAAAAAAAAAAAAAUUUAAAUUACAGUUUUUUUUUUCUUUCUUCAAUAUGACAAUCGAUGUGGAUUAUUAUAAUCAACAAAAAUAUGCAAUAGAAAAUGUGAAAAUAAUAAAAAAAAAAAAAAACGUUAAAACGUGUACGUACCCCAUACCUUUUUACUCGGGCGCCAUCCGCAUUAAUCUGACGUCCGAACGUGUACCUAUUAUAUAUUACGCAUCACCUAUGUAAAUAUAAUAUUAUACGUAAUUUAUAAUUCUUUCACCUUAUAUUAUUAUAUAGAUUUUUACUAUAAUGCAUACCAUAGAUUAUUAUUACAACGAUCAGUUAUUAUAUUGGAUAUUAUAUUUCGGAAAAAAAAAAAAAAAAAAAAAAAAAACUCAUUAUAUAUAAUAAUAUAUUAUUAUUGUUUACUAUCAUUAUUAUAUACUAUAAAUUAUUAUAAUCGGCGACAUAACAAUAUUUUAAUAAAUAAUUGCAGCUACGCGCAGCCUAUGAC